UUCCCGAGUGUUGCUAUUGGCGGCGCGUUUACGCUCUACAACCAGCAGCUCCGGUCGUGUCGCGGGUGCCGGCGUAAUAACAACAACAAAUAAUACCGUUCGUGUGUCGUCGUCGUCGUUGUUGUUGUUUGUUGUUAUCGUUUGUGGAAAUACGCACCUAAUCGUUGUUAUCGUUAUUGUUUCUUUUUUUCUCUCGUAUUUUUAUUUCGUUUUUUUUCGCUGUUUAUUUCCUCUCUCCCCCCCCCCUGAUUUGCGCGGUCGUUUCAACGCGCGCGCCGCCCCGCGAGAGAAGUGAUUCUCGUCGCGGAGAAAAGAGUUUUGAAUUCCCGCGCUCGUUUCGGUGGUUUUUUUUAUCUCUCUUUUUCUAUUUGUGUGCGUACGUGCGUCUUUGCAUAUCACACGCGUGAAUAUACAGUGCCGAUGUGCGGUCGUUUCGUGAUCCGGUUUCCGCGGACGGCAAUCGUCAACGGUCGCGUAGUGUGCCGCCGCCGCCGCCUUCGGGCCGCGAGAUUUCCCGGCCGACACUGAACGCCGCAACAACAGACCGAACGGACAGCGGACGAGAGAUCGCUGCGGCACCAGCAGCAGCAAUCCGCUCGGAUACGGGGGGGGCCGACCGACAGACGGCCGAGAAUAUCCGUUUAGGAGGUACGCUAAAACCAUCUUUUAUACGAUAUUGCAUUCUUGAAUUACGUUAUUUGACGAGCUUGUUACACGAUUAUUAUUAUUAUCAUCGUUGUAGAUAUUACGGAGUGGAUAUUUUAUCGUUCGCCGCGCGAUUAUGUUCUGUACGCGGAGCAGGCGUGAAGUUUUUGUUUUUCUAUAAACCAGUUUCGGUCAAAUUGGCCGACCCCCCCCCCCCCCCCCCCCCCCCCCCCCNCCCCCACCCCUCCCUCCCCCCGGACGACCCGAGCCCGGACGAAUCGGGAACACUGUAACCGCGGGCCGCUAUGAGGUAUUCCUGUACAUAACCUUUUUCGUUAGUCAACAUAUCUCUUAUUACGAGAUAAAGCGCCUCGCACGUUAUACCCAUUCACGCCACGCUCUGCCAGCCGGCACGAUAUCCCCGUGUCGCGUUCUAUAAACAACGGGAAAAAAAACUGCUUCUAGACGCUCUGCUCGACGGGUUACUACGCGUGUGACUCGAAUAGCGGCGGCGCGUUCCGUCCGGGGCGGGCGGUACGGCACGAUUGCGCAUAGGACGUUUUAUGCGACGUGAUCACGUCCAAGUUGCCGAAAUUUCGCAUUUCCACGUGUUAUCACACCGAUUAUUAUGAUAUCAAACUUGCGCGAGCCGCGAGCCGGACCCCAGCUUUAUUGAGCAAUGGCUUCGAUGGCACGAAAUAUUGUUUUUACCCGGGCCGGAGUCGAGAGGCGGCCGACGAAAACCGACAGUCGUCGUCGCUGUCGUCGCGGAAAUCCCGUAGGUACCUACGAAAAACGCGAAACUCUCGGGUCGCGCAGAAAGUCUCCGCGUGUGUCCGAGACAGACACGCGGAGCCGCCGCGGUCGGUGGAACGAAAAGUAACGUUCCGUCGCACCCAUACCUGACACCAUACCCGGUACAUAAUGCGAUGAUGGUGAAGACGAUGGCGAUGAUGACGAUGACAGUAGCGUCUCGGUUCGCCCGUCCGUAACGUAAUACGCCUACGAGAUAUUGCGCGCGAAAACGAAAACGAACGUUUACCCAAACGGGACCGCGGGCCGUGUUGGAAACUUCAACGUAGGUACCCACUACAAGAUAAUAAAUAUCCUAUUACGAUACAUUGUUGUUUUGCGUUCGCGCGUAUUAUCGUUAUUAUAUCGGCGACCGUUCGCGAAUGUAUUUCGUCGGUGUGUGUGCAGGUGUGUGUGUGUGUGUGUGUGUGUGUGUGUGUGCGCGCGCGCGCGCGCGUGUCAUUGAAAUGUCUAAAACGAAUGGUUCAAUUCGAGCGAUACCUACUGUACCUAUUACACCUACCUAACGAACGGCCUCAUACUCGUAAUGCAGGUAUCAUAUAUAUAUAAAAAUAUGCGUGUACACUCGAACGCGAGGUUCGCGAAAUAGCUCGCCGAUUUAUACAUAGGUAUAUAUGGUAUUUAGUUUUUGUUUUGUUUUGUUUUUUUUUUUUUCCCCGUUUUGUUUUUUCAACUCUCCUCCGCGCCGCCGGCGGCUGCGGACAAAACGGAUUCCGGGCAGACCGUACGCACACACGCGUGCACGCAUACAUGGGUACACGGUUUUUCAUUGCUAAAAUGUAAUAUUAUAUUGUGGACGGACAAUUAACAGGAAACAUGGUUCGGGUACCGUCGCCGCAAUAUUAUACGGCCGGGCACCUUCCCGAUAGGUAUCGUGACAACGUUCGCCCGGCCGCAGCGUGUCAGCGCCGUGCACUCAACAACAAUAUUGUUAUUCGUGAUUGUCCGCCGUGUGUGACGCGUACGGUAUCGAAAAAUAAUGACCGCCGGCGACUGUCGUCCCCCGCGGCCGCGACGGCCUGCGCGGAAAACGCCACGUUGAUCCUCACCCGCGGGCGCAUUUUUAUCCCGCGCGAACCGCCGGGCCGACCACGUUUACCGCGCGUCCACGCCCCGGGCCGCGCGUUACGGCCAACCGACAGCCCGCCGAUAGCUACGCCGCGCUGCAGCGUUUAGGCGUCGUAUUGUUACGGGCUCCCGCGGACAACGGUGCACUGCGGUCUCUACGAGUGACUGGCCUGCCUGUUGUCAGCCAGAUCAAUGGAGUUAUUUUACAGGUUCGCAGACCGGAUAAAUCGCGUCUAGUGGGUUUUCCCGCAAAACGGGAGGAGACGAAACGGAAACGAUUCCGCGACACUAUCCGAACUCGUGUGUACCGUGCGCACGCGUUUCUGGAGAAAUUCCCGUGUCCGCUCUGGGCGGUAAACGUCAAAGGGCUUAUGUCGUUUUGUUUCCGCGACAAAUUAUACUAUUGUAAAUAAAAUUGAUGAAUCCGUUAUCGUUAUUAUCGAUCGUAAUUAUAAUAAUUGUUCGCAGUAUUUCGCAACUUUAAUAAAAACCUUUGCCGCCGUAAUCUGCCGGAAAAUAGCGAAUGACACUUCGACACGUAAUUGCACGUAAAAUGAUUUGGCAUUCGAGUAACGUUGGGGAUUAUGAAAGUACAAAUAUUAGGGAAAUUGUUAAAUUUAAAUGCGAGACAAUUACUGCUAAUAAAUUAAUAACUGACAAAUACACGAUGUUUCGUUUCUGUUUGAUCUGUGUAGGCUGCGCAUCACGACUAUACAGAUAAACAUAACACACCUACGUGGGUAUUUUAUCUCUGUUUCCAUUUGGUUUUUUUAUGGUAUAAAUAGAAUUUUAAGGUAGGUACAUUUUGUUGCUGUUCCUAAUUUGUCACCAAAUUAAAAAAAAUUUGUUGUUGUGUCUUUAUUUUCUGUUUUGUCGGCUUAGUGUAAACCCGGCAUUAGUCUCGAUUAUAAUCCCUAUCCUCGCUUAUUCCGAUCAUUUACUUACCCCACCUGACAUUAUCAAAUUUGCCUAAAUUAUUUUGAUCGUGAUCGUAGUCCACCCUGUUCAACUUGCUCGUAUGUCUAUAACCACUUUUUCUUUGGCUUAUUAUCCCCGGAUUCCACGAACUGCAUUUAUAAUAUCUCACCUGUCUCCUUAAUAACUAUUCCAACUAUUCCUCUCUCGUUGUCUCGUAGUUUCUCCUUAUCUUGUAAAUAAUCCAUCGCGGGGAAAAUAAUAAAACGUGCCGUGCGAUUAUUAUAAUAGCGUCGACGUUGGCGGGAAAAACCUCGUAUGUGCUAAAUUUACGAUUAGGGAAUUUCAACUACUCUCGAAUUCAGAAAAAAUAAACUAUACGAUUUACGAUUGAAUCCCCCGUAUUAUGUGCUACUUUAUUUUUAUAGAAUGAAUAAAAAACAAAACCCUCAGUACAUUCGCUGUAUACUAUGAGUCCCUAUAUAAAUUAUGUAAUAUCUCUCAUUACGCGAUUGGUCACAUUAUUAAAUCGGAGGUAUUGGGAUACGAAAACCACCUGUGUGGCAAAACAUUUGCAUAAUAAUUGAUGGGUUUUUUGUACAUUUCUUUAUCGUAAUAUAAUGCCAUGUCAAAUAACAAUAUCAUCAAACGGUAGGGACGAUAAUUAUUAUUGUUAUCUUCACGUAAUCACAUAUUUACCCGCAGCGCGUUAUUACGACAUCACCAUAGUACAAUAGGACCAGUCUGGUAUUUUUUUUUCUCUACAAGAUGCCGUGACAAAAGAAAGUUCUCGGUGGUCAGGGUCCGAAAAAUCCUCCCUAAUCGUCACACGUAUAAUACCUGAAUACACACCACUCUGGUGGAGAUCACCUGAUUAUUAUCGUAAAUCCGUUUAAUAUUAUAUAGGUGGGUAUUGUAUAUUAUUAUAAUAGUUUGCGUCCCGUUUUCACGACUUAAUUUCACAGCGGGUAAACAUCACGUCGUCGUUUUCUAUGUAAUAUAUAUACCCAUAUACUCGAUUUGUCACGUUGAAUUCCCAUUACCUGUGGGUACACAAUAUGUCCAUGGGCACCAUGGCCGUUAGUAUAAUACGUGUUUUUAUAUCUGUGUUAUUGUAUGUUAUAGUGGUGAUAUUUAUACCCCGUAAAAGGUGAACCGACGAAAUCCCGCUGUUAUGCAGACAAUAAACGAAAGGGCUGGAAAUAAUAUCGGCGGUGUCCGCGAACAAAUCGGAGUAAUCGAUUAUGUUCAUAUUGUUUAAAACAUGGACUCAUGUAUUAAACUGUAAUUAGGUAAAUCGUAUGCGAUCGUAUCAUUUUCAAACAUGCCCCUCCACGGAGGCAGAGUAGACUGACCCACUGUUCUGCCCAGUAGGCCGAUGCAUUAAUACGUACAACACGAUGGUUUAAUAUAUUUUAUAAACGGCGUUUAUUUCAUUACUUAAGCAUUUGAAAAAAAAAAAAAAAAGUUAUCUUAUCUCCGAGUUAACGAAAUUUUAACGUAUGCCGUAGACAUACUGCGCAUGAUAUAGUAAGAAGGCGAUGUACGAUACCCGCGUAGCGCCCAUCCGACAAGAGUUUUAAGUUUAUUGAAGGGGUUCUAUUGGGGAUUUGAACUCCCCGUCAUUUUUUUCAAAACCGAUCGAUUUUACCAAAAUACUAAAAAAAAUCGUUUUAUUUUUGAAUCGAUCGACCCCUCCCCCCGCCCGAAAUUGUUUUUCCGACUAUGUCACCUUGGCUGGACCUAUAGGCCGGUGGUUUUCUAUACAGAAAUGUAGAAUACAGUUGGCCUCACCAGUUGCGGUAUAAUGAAAUCAAAGCAGUGGAUCGUCAUUUCGUAACGGAUUACUGUCCGGAAACCCGGACGAGAUAACGUCCUUAUUUAUAACAAGUCUUGCGAAUUCAUUUGUUUUUGACACGAAACCAAUUAAUUUGACUUAUAGCCCUCGGGCUGGCUCGAAACUCUCGUCAAAUCACAUCGUUGACAUUUCGUGUAAAAUCGUAUUAUUAUAUGAUGUACAAGAUACCUAUUCGCCGUAGACCGUAUUAUUAUAGAAAGGCAUUUGUCAUCCGUCCACGAAAACAAAACCAGUUUUCAUAUACCUAUAUUACUGUACGGUAACAACGCUGUGGCUGAACGACGACAGCAUUCUCGCGGCGGCCGAUUUUAAAAGCGGAGAAAAACGACCGUGAGUUCGGCCCGCUAGUUCUUACACCGUAUAUCGCGGAAUCUCUUAGAGGGAAGCUGAAGUUAUGUACCCGCAGUCCAAAAUUAUCAGGCGAUUUUACGAAAUUGGCAUACAAACCUAUAACAGCUAUUUAAAACAUCAAAAACUAACAUGGCUGUAACUUUUUUUUGUUUGACAAUAAAUUUUAGAAAAAAAGCCGCAUAUAACUGCCCUUGAAAAUAUUCCGCUCUUUACAUGUUAUGCUUAAUUUUUGUUUUAAACUCUUUAUUUCAACCUAAACGUCACAUCUUAUGUUCUAAUAGUAACGUAAUUUUACCAUGUUACCAUCAGUUAGACUGAGACGAUAAAAAAUGUGUGUAUUCAGUCCUGUCUUAAAAAUCCGUUACUGUGUCCAUUUUCGUCACUGUCUAUAUUUAACGGACAACACAGAAAAAAUUCGAUUUUGUUUAAAACAAUCGAAAAAGCUUUAAAAACCGGUUUUGGAGAUAAACCACCUAAAGUUAGGGAUGAAAAUAUUUUAAGGACACUCCCGUCGGUGUUUUUUGAAAUAUUUUAUAACAAAAAAUAUUUAUGGAGAUUUUUUUUUUUCAUCACGAACUAGCAUAAUUCUCUAAGAAUUAUAAGUGAAUUUAAUUUCUGUUUUUAUGAAUCAUUGUGGAAUCUGUUAAGCUAUAUUUUAAAACCAUUUUUAAUUUUUUACCGCUACUCCGUACACCUUAAAUAAGUACAUACUUUCGUUUUUCAAAUAAAAUUCACAGAUUUGAAUAUACUAUCUACAUAAUAUAAUAUAUUAAAUACGAUUUUUCGUACCUGCGAUAAUGGUUUAAUGUAACAUUUAGAUAAUUGUAAAACACUGGCAAAAUUGUCUUCAAAAUGUUGUUAUGUACAAAAUUAUUUUAAAAUACGUGUUUUAUAUCUGAAAUCGAAUUUAGAGAUCUUUUCGUUUGUUUAACGCUAGCCUAUUUUUACCAUAUCGUCCGUUAGAUAGCAACAAUAUGCCUAUCUGUGACGUCCUUUUAAUAUCUUAUAUUAAUGAAUUUCACGCAUUUUUCGCGGCGUUUUUUUGUAAUUUCUCGCAAAGGAAUUGCACGUCUUUUCUGCCGGAACGCUAUAUAUUAUAUCAUUGCAGACUAUGCCAAUAAUGUGCAGUAUAGAAAAUAAAAUAAACCGUGUUUGGUAGAUUUAAAUUUUUUAUAGCGACAUAAUAUUUUUCGUUGAAAGUAUAUAAAAUACAAAAACAAUAAUGAUAACGAACGAGAUCGUAAUAAUUGUUUGUGCAGUCAUGGUUUUCCGUCACAUAUUUAUUACUUCAAGUAUUAUGUUUCGAAAACAUAAAUGUUUUUUUUUUGUUUUUUACGAAUAUGUGUUAUUUAUAAAAUAACGUACAAAAGUACUAAAACUAAAAAAAUAUUGUUGUUUAAUCGUGGUACAAGUACGUUUUAGUUUCUUCGAUUCUCGUUGUUAAAGCUCUUCGACAUCUUUUCGAUUUUAACCUGAUAUAUCUUAAAAAUGUCUUGGUAGUUUUGGUAUUUCGACCUUUAUCACUCCUAAUUACAUAUUACACGUUAAAAUUUGAACUCGUUUAUAAUAGUAUUCAACCAAUGCAAUACCGAUGGGAAUUUCUUUUGUAAAAAGGACGUGGUCGUGUGUAGAUUUUCCGUAAAAUAUCUAUAAAAAUAUGCGAUAUCUGCACGGUGCAGUAUGUACGCAAUUAUUUCCAACCGGGUAAAUUCUUUAAAUAUUGUAUGAUAAAUGUACCUUAAUAAAAUGCACGUUAAUACCUGCACGAUUUCUAUAAAAAAUAAAAAUAAUAUCAGUAAGCUCAUAUUAAAGACAGGGCAGAAGGGGUCAUAGCUCAUGGACGUAAAGGGCCCAUUAUUAAUGUACAUAUUAAAAUUUGUACACAGAAGGCCUUUUUUCGCAUUUGGUCCCGAGGCCCACCGGAUCCUUAUUCCGGCGCCUAGAAUAUCUAUUGGAAUAUUAAAAUUGGAGAAAUAAAAUGUCUUUACGUCGUUUAUGUAAACAAAAAUACCAUUCUCGUCAACUUUACAGAUAGAAAACGGCCGUAAAGGAAAAGGCGUUCGCAUUUUGGCCAAAAAACGGUUCCACCCGUUUACAUGUAUAAUUACGUGGUUUUUUUUUUUAUUAUUAUUAAUUUUUUUUUUAAACGUAAUAUUUGUUUAAUCUUUGCAGUUAACGGGCGUAAAAAUAAACCAUGUAUACAUAUAAUAUAGGACAAAACAAAUACGCCUAAUUUUUUCCCGUCGGUUUUUUACGCGCUGAAAAUCAUUACUGCACGUGCAGGUCGUGCUCUCGUGCACCGCCGCGCGUUCGGUGAAAUAGAAUGUAAAUAACAAUUAUUAUUAUUAUUAUUAUUAUUUAUAUUAUUUCGUUAUCGAGUGAAAUUUUAAAUCAAAAAGAAUAACGUUUAUACUGUUGUUAUGCGCGUUGCGUAUUUAUAAUAUUUUAAAAAAACCGUCGACUUCGCAUGGAGCAUAGUUGUACCUGUACACUGGUACGACUGGAAGUUACGAAGUUUUCGGACGGCCGUCUAUAUAUUAUUGCAUUAUUGGCGCACACUCGAAAUAUAAUAUACGCUCUCGGUGUGAUGACGUUUUGACGAAUUAAAAAUAAUGAUAAUGAAGCUCGUUUGUAUACAAUGGGCGGCCAGUGGACCAGAAGACCUAAAUAAUAAUAAUAAUAUUGUUAUUAUUAUUAUUAUUAUCAUCUGCACCGGCGGCGGCGGAACAAAACGUCCCCAAUGUCGGUCAUUAGAAACGCUCGUUAAAGGCGCCCGGCACGCUGUAUCUGUGUAUAAUAACUAUUAUAUAUGUACACAUAUUAUAUUUUCCCUGUAAAUCUAUAUAUACACACACACACACACACACACACACACAUACAAACGAGUGUAUAUACAGGGUGACGUUAUUUUAUCGCUAACCGUCGAUUAUAAUACGUAUAUAUUAUGUACGAUGAGGAUAACGAGAGUAAAUUUGAUUUUGGUCUCCCUCAUUAAAUUGCCCUAGAGGUUUUCUACACAGAUUCUAUUCCAUCACCGCUAUUGUAAAUUUAUUUUUACUUCAACAAACAUUCUUUGUCCUUUUUACCGUUUCUCUAUCUUUUUAAGAUUCGUUGGUCCGGACAUAUUCAGCGAGCUUUUUCAUAAAGUCCUAUAGAUUCACUGCAAUAAUUUCAAAAUUAAAUGAAUGAUUAUCAACCGAUUCUCAUCGUAUUUUUAUCCGUAUAUUGUCUGGGAAAUUAAACAAAGUCAAAUUUACCCAGUAAAAUCUUCGAGCUUAGUAGCUUGGUAGUCAACGGUCCGAGAUAAAAAAAAAUCACGCUGUAUAGUCACAGGCUCAUCGUCAUUGGCCGUUCGUUUGUCUAUACUAUACGAGAUAAAUCGUACAAAGACGAUAUACUAUUAUUACAUGGUCUUAUUGGCUGAGUGUAAUAAUACAUAACAAUAAUUUUAAACGACGACACGACGUCCUAAUUCACAGAUGGUCGCACAGCCGGAAUGACUGCAAAAUUAAAAGUAGACAUAAACCAAUAGUUUUUUAUAAAAUACUUCUUUUUAAGAAAUUAUUAAUAGUAUCGGUAUAAGUAUAAUAAUAUACUCACAAUUCACUCUGAGAAAGACAUUUAUUCCGCUGGAAGUUCAUAAAUUCUCUCGAUCCGCAUGGACGUUCCACGUAUAAAAGAAAAACAAAAAUAUACAUAGUAUAAAUGACAAAUCGUUGCUCGCCAAACUUUAUAAUAACAUAAUCUUGUUAAACGACCAAAUAAAAUAUACUCGUUUUUGUUGUACCGUUGGUACUUUGGUCGGUAUCUCCGUUUUAAAAUAAUAUUAUAUUCUAUACAAUUACGAGUAUUAUACAAACGUAUACCUAUAUAGGUGUACGUUUGUAUACUGUAGAGGACGAAGAAUAUAUAUACGUAUAUUAUAAAGGUAUACGUAUGUUAUAAAUUACCUUUAUUAUUAAUUCAAUGGCGGCUAUCCUAAAAAAUAUAGGUGUAGUAAAACAUCAAAAUUAACCGCCCACCAGGGAUGUAGGUAAAGGGGGGGUUAAUCCCCUCCCAUUUCGAAAUUAAUACAGGAGUUAAAUUCGUUGUUAAAACCGCAAUUCAAAUAAUUGAUAGUCCAAACUUCCCCUCCCCCCCAAUAAAUAAUCGGUUAUCGUACGAUUUAGUAUAGGUUUAAUAUUUUUGGCCAGAUAAUUAAACACACUUGAAAUGAAAUGAAAAAGCAAACGGACGUACAUCGCACGAUUGGUGGGAUACUGUUGUAAGUGAGAAUUUGGGAAGGUAGAGGAGAUAUUUAAUGUUUAUCUGUAGACAAAGAUUAAUCAUUGCUAACAAAAAACGAUCCUGAGCGGAAAUUCUGUUAUACAUGUUUUGAAAAGCCGUAAUAUUCACGAUUUGAAAAUAUUACAUUUCGUAAAUUUUUCCGAUUUUCCUAUGUGUUUUCCCAAUUUUUUCCAUUUGUUAUGAAAAUCUAUGGAAAGCAAAAAUAUGACUUUAUUAAAGUACCAUUCAGAAAAAUUUCCUUUCAGAAAAGGUGCCAUACUUGAAAAUCGGAGACAAAUUUUUGAUAGAAAAGUAGUUCACAGAAAAAACAAUUUUCACAUCGUUGUACUAAAACCAAUACAUUCUUUGCUUUGCUCAGAAUCUAAAAUUAAAUAGUUAUCUGUCAACUGUGCAACGUUGUAAUAUAUCAGUAGCGUAUCUGUAUCUACAUAUUCAAAUUUAAAAGUGCAUGUCAAAACAUGCAUGCAUGUCUAUAUUCUUAAUUUUGUUGACCUCUAUAAAUAGAAAUAUUAUUUUUAUGUUUUCGAAGUUCAGUUUUAACCUCGAUAAGGGUCUAGGAUUAGACAGAGUAUAUUUUUAAAUUUUUUCAUAGUCAAUUUUUUAUCGAGCAUAUUUUAAAUAAUUAUGUUGAAGAACCAUAGUGUUCAUGUCUUUUAUGAGUUCUGUAUGAAUAGUUUUUAUUGUUCUGGUCGAAACCGAUUCCAAAACUUUAUUCUUAUAAUUUUUCCAGAACACUUGACGUUAAAAUUUUUGAUUGGGUCGCACAAUAACAGUGUUCAUCAAAUGCUUCUUUAAUAGUGUGACUGUCACCUUCUAUUAACAAACUCCCCGUGCAUUUACUGUUGAUGCAUCUCCACUUCUUAUAAUUAUGUUUCCUCUGUUUAAUAAAAAACGGUAACAGUAUUUGAGGUAGUUAAAAACAAUUAAGUCUUACGUCUUGGUUAUUUUCGAUUUAAUUAAAAUAAACGCGUAAAAUAUUACGAGCAAUAUAAGUAUCGUAUAACACAGGAAACCACGUAUAGGUACUGAUUAGUAAAUAUAUUACGAUUAUUCGCUGCAAUCAGUUCGUUAUCGUUGCGUUUAUAUUAGAAAAUUAUUAUUGAUAGAUUCAGUGAUAUGCUAUCUCAAACAAUAGACAACAAUAAAACUUGAAGUUCAACGACAACGAUUAAGCGUGUUUAUAUAAUACUUGGCAUCGCUACGUGGAAUUUUAAAAAAUGGCUCAAUCGUAACAAUCAAAAAGGUAUUGAAGAUAAGGACCUUUUUCAAUCGUAUUUCAACAAAAUUAGUAAUUUAUACCUAUCCAUCUGCCGCCCACUCUCGUCAAUAUUCACCCACGUUACAUCCCGUCUGCCCAAUAGCGAGCCUAAUUAACGUGUUCAAAAAUAAAAAUUAUAAAACAUCAACGAUGACCGGACUUCGUAACACGAUUUAAGAUGGCAAAAGAAUAAAGAAUAAAAUAAAUAAUAUUUUUUCGUACCGUAAAAGUUUGGCAUUAUUCACAUUUGAACAUUUACAUGGACUAUCUCGCCUACACCCACUUCUAACUGAAAAUGUAACAGUCGUUGCAUCUCCGCUACAGAAUAACCGCCACUGAUUAACGCAGAUGAAAAUUCCGAGUACAGCUUAUAUAAUAAUACAAUGUAGAGACAACUAUACCUAUAGUGUACUUAUAAAAUUCCGAUUGAACAAAAUGUCGCUCAGCUUAUUUGUAGAGUUUUAGUUUAUAUUCUGCGCGUAAAUUAUAUGCGCGAAAACUAGUUACCUACAACUACCCGCGCAAGACUUAAUUUUUCCCCCCGAGCGAUUUAAAGAAAGAAACGAAAACCGGCAGUUAAUAAAAAUAUCCUUUGAAUUUCGACUAAAAUUAUAUUAAUGAAACCGACGACGUUGGUAUACAGGGUGAUUUACUGAGCGUGCUUACUACUAUUCUCCUACCUAAACUUAAAAGUGGAAUAUCUCCAAUCAAAAAUGUUAACACCAAAAUGUAUUUUAAGUAAUACUCCGUCUAUUUAUGGAAUUCUUAAUAUAGGUUCUUAUUUGAAAAACCAAAGUGUAUCCAACCACAGGAUGGAUACUCCUUGAAUGUUGUGAAAAAUCUAAGUAUUCGAAAACAUAACGCGGGAUUUGUUUUUUGUAUUUUGCGGCAGUCGAACUUGUGAUGAAACCCCGCGAUGGUGGAACAUUAGGUAUAUUAUUAUUAUAUCAUUGAACUUUUUUUUUUUUUCACAUCAUUGAACUGAACGCUGUAUAAUGUAUAAAUAAUAAUCGAUAUACUCGUAUGCGUAGGUAGGUGAUAAUAAUAUUACGUAUUAAAUUAUAUUUUCGUAUUUUUAUUUUACCAUAUCAAAACGAAUUGUAUCUAAGAAAAAAAAAAACUUAAAAAUUAUACGUAGGUAUUACAGGUACAAUAUAAUAUAACACCUGCAUUCGUCCACGUUGAAUAUGCAUAAUAGUAUUUUCAGGCUAAUCUUUAAGCCGGUAGGUAGGUAUACUUGUACAUUAAAAAUAAUAACAUCGAAUUAAAAUUAAUUUUUUUUUAUUAUUAUUAUUAUUAUUCUGAGCGCAAUACAGAAUACGUAUUGAUUUUUUUUUUUACUAACAACUUUUAUACCCGAAAUCUUAUAAAAAAAAAAAAAAAAAAAACAAGAGAGUUUUUUUGUAGCACUUUGGAUCUAGUUAAUGCAUUGGCGUAAUAUUCAUAUUUUCAUUAAAACUUCGAUAAAACGUACAAAAACCGUUGCAUUAUAUUUCGAUUUUGUUUUUCUACCAGAAAUCUUACAUUUAACUACAAGUGUAGCAUCUUUUCUGAAAGAUAAUUUUACCUUAUUUAGUGCAUUUUGAAGUGGUUUUUUUUUUUGAUUUGCUCUGUAUUUUUCUAAAUGAUUGAAACAAACGUAGAAAUACCGGGGAAGUUUACGGCAAUAAUAACUUUAUUAUUUUCGAUAUAGUUUUUAUACAUUUUUAUGCUCGAAUAUUGAUGAACAUUGUAAAAUCAUAGCGUUUCAAAAAAUGUUUAUCAGAACUUUGCUCAGAACCGUAUUUCGUUAGCGAUAUAUUUAUCGGUGGGUAGCAUUUCAAAACAUUUUAAAUUAAAUAUAGUUUUAUGUGUCCAACUUUUCCAACUACCCACCUACAACAACGGCACACCCAUCUGCAGUAUCAAUUUUUUUUUUUUUUUUUUACGGUAUUUUUCUAGUCGUAAAACACCAUCGCGCACAAUCAAAUAAAAACAGAAAAAAUUCUACGUUUUUAAAGCGUCCGUAAAUAACAAUAUUAAUAACAUAAUAUUAUUGCAUAGGUAUAUAAUAUUCCGAACGAACGACGAGCAGCGUUAUUUUAAUUGGUUACACCCAAAAGUGUUGUUCAAACACGUAAUGUCAUAGAAAACGGUCUCCAUUGUUUUUUUUUUUUUUUUUAUAUGAAAUAUUAUAACAGACAACAGUACAAGUGGAUGUAUAAUAUUUGCUGGCCGCCCAGAGAUUGAACGUUGACAAAUUUAACACAAUUGAUUUUAAUUGAAAACGAACCCGAUGUUUUAUUCCGUCGUGUACAUGUAUACGACUCAUACGUCCGGCCUAAUGUGAUGAAAGGUUGUCGGAGAUUCGGUUUUUUUUCUAGGGUCCGUUGUCCUUACCGUUUAACGGAUCGUUGCCUCGUUUUUUUCUGUAUAAAACUUUCACGAAUUACAUCAACCGCGACUUUUUCACCUGAACUUUCGCGUAGUUAAUACUUUCAUUAAUAGUUAUCGCACGUUGAUAAAAAAAAAUAAAUAUAUAUUCAACUAACCGAUGUUAUUAUAAUAUUCUGCUGUGGCUCUCCAUCAUAUACAACUAUGUCAAAACUCAAUUCCUUCAACUCUUUUUACUAAACUUUUGUUCCCGCGUCCUUACGAAUCUGUGACAUAUAUUCAAUCCUUGAUUUUCCUUUUUCAAUAGUUUACCACCUACCAUUUUGUUAGAAUUUAUUAGUGCACAAUGAGUAGAUAAAUCACAAUCGCUGAUCAUGUUUAUCUUAACAUAUCAUUAAUUUGUUGUCAAUACAAGUCAACAGCGUUUAUACUGGAAAUUGUAUUAACAAUAUAUCAAUUUUAAUAAAAAAAACGUCAAUAAAAGUGUGACGUAAAACAUGAUAUAACUAUACAUUUUUGUUGUAAUAUUUGUACAUGUUUGUUUACAUUAUUAACGCCUAUUAGAUAAAUUAUACAUUUUUGUUAGGAAGUUGAUCGUUACAGAAAAAAUAUAUUCUUAGUAGAUCUCUACCAAAAGUUUGGCCACCUCUGAAAUAUAGGUUCUCCGUUAAUGUUUAGCCACUUUUUUUUUUUUUUGACGCUUUUAAUAUAAUAGCCAAUAGGUCAACUUUGCGAAUUUUAACACAGCACCGAUUUGGAAUGUUAUUUACAUAAAUAUAUAACGCGGUAAUCGGUGCUAAUUUUUUUAUCCAUUCCACACCCUCGCCGUACACGCAAACUUCUUUCUUUGAAUUCGAGUUUCUGAGACGAUAAUGGGUAUUGACCCGAUUGACCGCGUACGAAAUUAUCAUCCUGUAUCAGUAUACUGAAUACUUAAGAGUGAAUAAAUAAAUAUGUUUAAACGAAUUUGUAUUUUUUUCUCGCGUUCAAACAACUGGUAGGUAUAUCUAUGUAUAUAUAUAUAGCGAAUAUAAAUUCCACAAAGCUAUUCGCGAUUAAAAAUAAUAAAAGACGAAACUUUUCAGGAUUAAAAAAAUUAUAUUAAUCCUCUAAAGUAGUUUUGUCAUUAUUCGUCUGGAAAAAUAUAUUUAAUGAACCCAAAUCACUGUAAUAUACUAUAUGUAUAUAAUAAUAAUUCCUGGAGAGUAUUCAGUUAUAUACUAUGAAUAUUAAUGAAUUGCGCGUGGCCGGUAGAAGAUAAAAACCCGUGAAAAUUGUUAUUAAGGUUAUAGGUAAUUUUCCUAUAUGUAUAAUAUUAUAUACGUAAUCAAUGUUUUGAUGACAAAUUUCAUGGAGGAUAUUAUAUACCUAAUAUAAAAAACCACGAGAAACUUAUUUAUUAAAAACUCCGGUCGUAUGUGUGUACCUAAAUUGCUAAAAAAUUUUAAUAUACACUUGAUUUUCUUUUUUCAUUUGGAUAAAAAAAGGUUUUCCAAAAAAUUUUAAAAAUCUUUAAAAUAAAUUAUUGUGUUCGGGGGCAUCAAAUUGAUCAAAAUACCUAUUUUAUUAGUUUAUAAUUUAAAAAAAAAAAGAACUAAUAAUAAUUGAUGAAACAUUAAUAUUUUUCGAAUAAAAAAAAAAUGUAACUUGCAAAAAAAUUAAAUUUUUGAAAUGUUUUAUGUAUCAACCUUGCAAAACUAUCCGAUAAUUUUAACAAUUUAAUUUUUAACGAACUAAAUAAAUGUAAAAAAUAUCACGUUUUUCUUUUUUUGCGUUAGUUAUUUUUUUUUUUUUAUGUAUUUUUGUAUUUUUGUGAGAAAUGAGCGUUUAGACUGGACGAAAAUAAAAACUUAUAAAAUAUCAAUUUUUAAUAUGAUGCUUGUGACGUCAACAAAUAAUUUUAAAAAUUCCAAGGUUUGAGGAAAACCUUUUUUUUUUACUCAAUCGAACAUUGUAUCACGAGAAGAGCAAAAAAUUAAAAAAUCCUGUUCCGCGCUUAUAUAGGUAAUAGCGGUAUACGUAUAAAAUAUCUUCUAUCUUGUCAUUUUUAUUAUUAUUAUUAUUGUUGGCUAUUAUUACUAGCACACCAGCUAAUAGUCGCAUUUCAACUAAUCGCAAUGUAAACCAGUGAUUAUAUAGACAAUUGACAUAAUUGAAUUUCGAAAAUAUAGAUUAGGUAUUUAGUGGAAUAAAAUGAUGGGCAAAAUACUCGGUGUAGGUAGAAUCUCACUUUCUAUAUACGUAUUAAAUUAUAUUUUUGUUAGUUAAAUUUCAUAUCCUUCGGAAUGUCGAAAAUUCCAUACCAUAUUAAAUAGUAUAAAUGUUAAAUUAAUAUUUCGAUAAAUACUUGAUUAAAAUAUAAUAUUUUGUUAUAAUGUUCAUACGUGGCGUUUAAUCGAUAGUAUUUCUAAUAUUGAAAUUUAACGAUACGCGAUAAAACAAAAAAUAAAUUUUGUAAAAAAAAAAUAAAAACAAUGUUUGUUUUUCAUACGCGGGUACUAUUAUUAUUAUUAUUAUUAUUAUUAUUAUUAGUGUAUUAGUGAACGGACAAUAAAAUCGUCUGAUUAAAAAAUAAAUAAAAAAAAUGCAGUUCAUACACACACACACACACACACACACACACACACACACACACACACACCAAAAAUAAUAAAACACCAACAAUAUUGGCAGAUAGGUGUGCCUGUGUGUGUCGAUCAAAUAGCAUAUAGAUUAUUAUACAAAACGUAUAAAACGACGGCGUUAAAUGAACAUUUGAAAAAAAACAUUAGGUGUAUUAUAAUAAGUACUCACACCAAGUGAAACCGUUUAUUUUAAGUCUGGCGAUUCGUUUUAUUAUAUUUAUACAAGUUAUCAUAAAAUAUCAUAGUUUUAACAAAAACGUUGGUUGUACCUAAAUUUUUUUUUUAUAAAUCGAAACAAAAAUUGUUCGUAGAUUAACAUACGAGUGACAUAUAUUUUUAUACCAACCUACCUAUAAUAUAGUAAAUUAUUAUAAUAGAAAUUUCUAUAAAUGGUUUUCGAAAUGAAACCGAUCGUCGAUUAGUCGACUCUCGUUGUUAUGUAUAUCGAAAUUGAAACCCCCUUAUUAUAUAGUCUGGUUAAAACGAAAGCAUAUUGCAUUAGAAUAUUUUGUUUUGGAUAUUUAAAAAUUAAUAACUCUGUAUAUAAUAGGCUUUUUGAAAACGUUCGAUACACACCAAAAUAUAGGGAGAAAACGCGACGGUUAAUAUUCGGUCGAGUCGUAUUUACUUUAUUUAGGUAUUGAUGUUUGAACAGCUGAACAAAAAAAAAACAAAACAAAAAAAGAAGAUUCCAAGAGACGUAUAAUUUAUUUGUUAGUUUUAAUAACUAUUAUGCUAUUUCGACUGUCGCGGUGCAUGUUGUUAUUCCGUUAUAGCGCACAAGUGGAAAACCAAUUGUGCAUCACUAUAAACACCUAUAAUUCACAUAUGCACUUUGAUAACAAUCAUCACGAUAAUAUGAUAUCGGAAACGUGUAAGAACUUUUUCGGGCGGAAAACAGCUAUAAUAAUAUGUGGCUGCAAUUUGUUUGCGCCAAAUCUAAUAUUUUUUACCUACAAUAACUGACAUCGUUUGGGCACGUGAUAAAAUUAAAAUUACAACUGGUUUGCGCACAGUUUGUGUUCAAAUGCUGCAUAUAAAAUUGCAUAGUAAACAGUUCCAUGUCGAUUUUAAGAUAUCUGCCCAUGCACAAUGCGAUAUUAAUUAAAUCCUUAUCCCGAUUGUAAAAUUAUAACUUGCAUGUACUUUCAAUUUGACACUGAGUUGGUUUCGACGUAUACAAGUCAAUAAAUGACUAUUACUUGAGUAUACAAUGACAAAAAUGCUGAUACUGGGAAGUGGCUCAAAUGUUUUCCCGGUUCGCCAUAUUUACCACCGGCAGAAGCAGAAAAUGCCUGCGCGAAAUUGAUUUGAUUUCGGUUGCUCCGACAUUCGAUUAUUCUUUUUCUGAUUAUGUUAUGGUAUUAAUCACACCUACGAAAAAAUAUUUUCAUAGACAGUCCUAUCCUAAGUCCAUAAAGUGGAAAGGAAAAUGUACGUAGGUACACAAUAAAACAAACUGUUCCCGAACGAGCGAUACUUGUGUGUGCAAACUAGUAGUAGUGUCAUUUUGGUAUUUGUGCGCAAACCCGGACCACCCUAAUACGGCGGUACGAUAAUGUCGGUCGGCGAGUCGUUUUACCUAAAUUGAAUCCCGAAAGAAAACGGAAAGUUAAGUUUCGUGUGAAAGCGCAAUUUGUUAUUAUUAUGAAUUUUUUUUUCUCUCCCAAUAGAUCGGAGCGCCGUGUUACUUGCAAUAAUUGAAAUUUAAGAAGAUGAAAAAAAGACGUCACUGUAUUCUUGACGGACAUAAAUAAUAUGAUAAUGUAAAUCGCAUACAUAAAUCACUCGUUACGUAAUCGCCAAAGUUGCAGGCUACCCGUAAUAGUCUGUUGAUCGAAGGCGAUUUUUUUUUCUGUUCGGUUUUUUCGGUUAUCGGCACCGGAAUAUUAUUAAGUGUGCGCCUACAUCUACCUACACUGCGCUCGGGAAGACGUAAUUUCGGUAGCCGCGUAUAAUUAUAUAAGAUGGAUAUAAUUUUUUUUUUUUUUCUUAACACGAUAACAUCAAUCUAAUUAUAUAAAAUUAUAUUUCACGGAACGGAAUAUAUUAUUAAAAACAUUACGUUUUAAAGAAGACUACUUAUCUCGACUAAUUCGUCGUCGUCAUCACAGUCGGUAAAGAUCAAAGGAAAAAAAAAUAGAACCGAUCUGUUGACGGGUGUGCCACUGUGGUAGGCGCGAAAUUAGAAAUAUAUAAGAUACACAGAAUUCUUUUAUAUGCGCGUAUCUGUUCACGACGAUGAAUCAAUGUUAACGAAUAACGAUUCUGAGCGAAAUACGGUGUAACGUGUUUUUAAAUGCCGUGAAAUACCUUUUUGCGAUUUCCGUCAUAAUAAUUUGAACUAAAACGCUUUAAAAAAAAAAAAUUAUUGCAUAUUUUUCUUCGCCGAGUAAAACUCAUGAUGAACCUCGUUAAGUUUUCAAAUAUCUCAGCCUAAACAAUUAUAUCCAAAUAAAAUAUAGCCUAUAGGUGUACAGACAAUAAAUAUCUUUAAUUUGGCAAAAUUUCGAAAACUAAUAACUUUUCUCUUCGUUUUCUUUCUAUACCGACUACGUUUCGCAACCAUGUACAACAAGACUGGGCGUAGGUAUAGCUUGAGUAUAAGUUAAUCUUUUGUUUUUUUUUCCAUACAAAAUAAACGUAAUUUUUUUUCAUUAAUUCAUCGUGAAUCGUAUUCUUAAUAGAAUUUACGAUAGAAUAAAUUGAGUCGCCAAUGUAUAUAAUAAUAUAGUAAAUCCUAGUCUCGGACCCGGUCUACUAUUAUAAUAUACCCAUCCCAUACAAUUUUUUUAACGUGUUAAUUAUACCGAUUGUAUCAUCGAUAGUAAACACGCACACCAGAAUAUAUUUCUCAAUGUUUUAUAAAAGUGUGAAGAAUGUGCAAAUUUCGCGUUUUAUUCAAUUACAAUGUAUUCGCGUAUUGUGUACCGUUUCCGAUUGGUUGAUUAUCCAUUUGAAGGGGUCGCUACUGCACAUAAACAGCGUUUAAUAAUGUAUUCCGGCAUAUGUAGACAAAUAAUAAAAAAAAAACCAACAAACAAAAUAAAUUGCAUUAGAAAAAAAGAAAUGCAUAGCCGACUCGAAAUGUAUAUAUUAUAUAAUAGAUGUAUAUCUACAGUAAAUUCGUUUCAUUGGAAAUUCGAUUUGAUUAGUUUUUAAUUUUAAUAUUGACGUAAUAGUAUAUAAAUUGACACUAAUAUAAUAUGCACAUUGACAUUACUAAGCUCUGUACUUAAUGCAUAGAUAUUAAAAAUAAACAAUUAUAUUUCGUAUAUUUAUUUAACCAAUAAUUAAGUAUGUUUAUAAUUAAUAUUGAUUAUGUUGCACAAAGUAUAAUUAUAAAAUAAAAAAUUAAUAAAUACAAUACAUUUUUUUUAAUAUCAUGGGUAUAUAAAAAAAAAAAAAAAUGACGUUUUAACGAUGUUGAUUACAAUUUUAUAAUAUUAUUAUUUAUUGACAUGGGUUUAUAAACAUUGCAUGUAUAACUACGAUACAUUUUAAUUUAACUAACCGGUUGACAAAACUCUUAUACCAAAAUAACGAUUUUUUUUUUUUUUUAAAUAAAAAAGUAUUAAUCAAAAUGUUCGGAUAAUUCUUGAUUAAACAAUAACUUAAUAAUUUAACGAUUAUGCAGCAUAAUAUUCAUGACUUAUUCGUGUACUUGAAACUAGAAAUAUUCAACAAAAAUAUGUCAAACGUUAAAUUGUAUUUAUUUUUUGAUUUUAAAUAACGAAAAAUCUGAAAUAUUCAUACAUUAUAUUUUCUGUUCUUAACACGCGAUAAUAUAAAUUAUAGGUACUUAUAAAAUACUUAAUGUUACGAUUAGGUUAUUUAUUAUACUUAGAAACACUGCCAUUUUUUUUUUUUAGUUUAUUACAAUGAGUUUAUUUUUUCGAUAGGAAAUAUUGUUUCAUCGCGUUGUUUUUAUUAAAGAAAAAGACAAUUUUUAAAGUUUUAACCGAAACCUUGAGAAUUUUUGCCUUGAAAUUAGUUUCGCUGGGAAUAUAUACGAUUAUUAUACGUAUUAAUAUAGGUACCGUACCUACGUUAUAAUUUAAUGAAGAAUUUGUAAGCCAACAGCCGGAGAAUAUUAUUUUACAUUUUUGCAGAAAUCGGUAAUAAUAAAUUGAAAAUAUUACGUAUACCUACGACUAUAUGGGUUUUAUCCGCGUUUAAUGCAAAUCAUAACGAAUACCUAUACCUAUAUACAGAAGAAAACAUGAUAAUGAGCAAGUAUAAUAUUGUUGGUUUUAUCAAAAAAUAUGCGCCGUUCGAAAAUCAAAAAUAAUAUUCACUAUCAGAGAAUAUUAAUAAUUGACAGUUCAGAAAGGGCUGAUCUUCAAACAAAAAUUUAACCGUGAAACAGGGGCCAAGUUUGCUCUUUCUUUAGUCCGUAACUUCGCUUCACUCCAAUUUUCUUGAACAACUUUAUUAUUUUAUUUUUAUUGCAGAACAUUUUUUUUUUUCAAUUUAUGCAUGUGGUAGUGGCUGCAUAUACAACACACUUGACCACAAUAUAUCUACAUUAUUUUGAUAGGCAGACCUCUUUGGGAGAAGGUCUUGGGACAUAAUAUUACCUUUUUGCCGGCUUUGGCAAGGUAGUUAAAACAAUUUCGGAUUUUUGUAUGGGUCACUGAAUUAAAAUAGCACCUUUUUGGUGGUUUCGGGAUAUUUUAUCAAUGUAGGGGUGAGCGGAUAUGCCGAAUAAUUGACUGUCGUCUGGCAAUAAUAACUCCAUCGCAUCACUGUUGUUGAAAUUAAACUAAUGAAUUUUGAGCAGUUAAAUUUUGAAAAUAUUUCAAUUUUCAGAUUUUCUCCUUUACUUACAUUUGAAUACCUACAUUUGUAUCAAUUUUAGAAUUCCUUAUAAUUUCGAUGAUAAGUGCAGAGCCAAUAUCAGUCUGUAACAGAAAUGCAAAUGAUUUUCCCCUUUUGAAAAAGCUUUAUAUUAUGCUAUAAUAUUAUGGCUACCAUAUUAAGCUUAUUAUUUACAAUGACCUAUAAGCUACUUAAGCUUGUAAUCUAUGUUUCAAAUUUCAAAAGCCUAUCCUAAAAAGAAACAGAAACGUGAGUGUGAGAAAAAUCGGCUGAAUAGGUUUAUGUACUAUGGCAUGCUUACUGGAACUCACUGGCCUGACGUACUACCACGCGUUCGGAUAAUUUCGUAAUAAUGCCGAUGCCCGAACUAAGUUAUAUAUUUAUUAUGAAUAUAAAACCAGAUAUAUCCCGUAAGUUCGUGGUUUAUGCGUUUAUAAAAUAUAAUAAUGUGCACGUCAAUUUUAUUAAAAUCGAAAACACACAUUUUACACGAGUUGCAUAUUUAAUAAUACUCAUAUUUACCAAUUAGAAAUGUUCGAAUUUUACCGGUGAUGUAUAAUAUUGUUAAAUUAUUAAGUUUAGUAUAAUAUGGCAAAUCUCAAUUUCGGCGUUUUCCGAAACGCAUAAUAUUGUACACAUUAUGGUUUACAGGGCUUUUUAGAAACCAUUUAGGCGUUCUAGGGUUUUUAGAGACUAUCAUAGACUUAGAUUAUCCCCGCAUUGUCGUUUUCCUCCGGCCCGAGAAUAUGGUCCCUCGUUAUUUUUCUUUCAAAAACCGCUAUAAUAACCUUUUUUCUUCCAACUUUGUCGUUGCGUGCAAAUAAUUUUAUCGUAUUAACAUUUUAUCUCCCUCGCCCUUGCCGAAUCGUCGAGGAAUUCAGAAAAUCAACGGUAAUAAUAUAAUAUUAUAGACAAUCUUACCCAAAAAAAAAAAGAAAAAGAAAAAGAGUUAAAAUAAUAAUAUACGCUAAAAUGCCGGUAAUCGCGUAAGAAAAAAAAAUCGUGUGCGUAUAAUUUUUAAGCAAUUUACUAAUAUAUACGCGCAUCGUGCAACAUAAAUCGUUUCCCGUUAUAUUCAAUAUAGACACCUGUGAAAUAGUAUUAUACUGCUGAUUCAGCACAUUUGUUUAAGAAUUCGUUCAGACAUCUGAUGUGAACGGUUUUUAUUUUUUAUUCGUUAACGUGUUAUUAUACAAACGCGUCGUAAUAUAAUAUUGUAACAAUAUUACACACGAGUAGGAAUAUAAUAUAAUAGGCAGGCACCUAUACGUUCGUUUCCGGAUCGAGAGAUAAGAAAAAUUAAUAAUUCCCGAACGUUCGUUUUCGCCUAUCGCGCCGCCGCUGCCGUGCGGGUUUGACGACACAAUCAGAAUUCGCGUGUGUCCGAAACUCGUUUCGCGAGAUUAAUAUGCAAUUUUUUAACGUGCAAACUAUUACCGGUCAACACUCAUAGUAUUAUACACAGUUGUCUCGCGUGUGUGUGCCGCGCGCGUCUAACAUUAUAUUUUAACAGGACGUGAUACCCGCGCAUAUUCGCCGUAUUCCGUCUUGAACGCGUACGACAUAGCGAAUUCGCGUUCGGCGGGAACAACUUUGUCCUGUACAUUUUAAAAUUAGAGCGAUGAGCGAUCGACCUAUUAUCAAACUUAGGGGUAAAAAAAAAAAAAAACUUAAACUUCAAAUGUGAGCGUGGCGUCCUCUUAAUAUUGCAUUUUCACGAGCACAGAAUAUUAUAAAAUAAAUUCAUAGUUCAGGAUUUAUAGCGUUUGAUCAUAUUUUUUGGCGACCCAUUAAAUCUAGCAGAGUGCUAUGGAAAUGUAUGCAAUUUUACGAGUUCAAAUAUGAAAUUUAAAAGUGAUUUUUUUUUUCUUAUUUCGGCAGUUGAAAAGAAAAACCUCUUUUACUAGUUUUUCCGUCAUUUUUCGGCAUAUUAUAAACUUUGAGAUUACGUAAGCUACUGAUGAAACUCAGAUUUGUUCUCCUCUGUGAUUUUUAAAUAAUUUCUCCUUUGUAUUCUAUUAUGAAACUCAUACAAGCUAUUUUUUUGUUUGUGUUAUCUUAUCUACCAGUCGUAUUGGCCAUCGCUAGGCAUGAGACAAUAUAAAUUCGCUAAUGUAGUUUUAAAAAAAAUUCAAGAGUUAAUGAUUAUAACAAUAGAAAAUUUGAAAGUGCUAGUUUUACUUAUUUCGAUAGUUUAAAAACAAAAUACCGCUUUUUACUAAUGCUUAUUUUAGGGUUAAAAUGAAGAUUUUUAAACGGUUUUUUGUUGAUUUUAAAUGCUUUAAGUCCCGAACCAUAAUAAUAAUAUACCGGGUGUUAGGUAUAAAUAAAGUAGGUACCCAUACAUAUACUACAAGUACUUCUUCACAAAUAUAAUAUAUAAUAUUAUGCUCGCCCGAUGAUAUGAAAUCGAAUCGCGUAUAUAUUAUAAUAAUAUUAUUAUACGAACGUUUUUUCGUUAACACUAUUAUAAUCCAUUUCCGGCAUACGAGCGCCACUUAUACGAAGUACCAUUUUAUAAUCGAUCAAUAAAAAAUAUAAUAUUACUAUGCUUAUAAUAUUUGAUCGGGAUAAUUGAAUGAAAAAACCCGAGUCUAAUGUACUGUACGAUCGAUUUUUUUUCAGUUAACACUCAAUAUUUCAGUUCGAUGACCUUGGAUUUAAAGUCUUCUAAUUUUUUAACCUUUACAGCGCGCCAGUUUGCAACUUACAAGUUACUUUCUUUAUUUUCUUUUUUAUGGGCGCUAUUGGAAAUAUCGUGACUGCUUACACAUUAGUUUCGCAGUGGCGUAUUUACAGCGACGAUAUGGAGACUUGGGACUGAGUUGGAGAUUUAUUAUUGCGGAAGUUGAAGGAACGGAUUUAUGCAUUCUUUAACAAACCGUCAAGUAAUUAUAAGUAGUACAUUAUUAGGGAUGGUAAAAGAGGAAUCCGUUUCGACGAUCCGGAAAUUCGUGAUCGUAAACGAGAAAUGCAAUGGCCGUUGUUAUACCGUUUAUGAAUUUCCAUAUUAAUGCAAACGGGCCAGUUUCCCGUCGUCGUCCUGCCGCUGCAAUUUUAAUAAACUUUACGCGACGCCCUUCCUUUCGGUUCGGGGGGCCAUUCAAUUCGAACGGAUAACGAGUUGUAAAAGUAACAUAUUUUUUUUAAUUUUUUUUCGUCGGCGUUUUUUUUUCUCCCCGGGAUCUCGAUUUCCGGCCGCGUGUAGGUCAAAUUUAAACGCGUAAUAAUAAUAUUAUGACGUGCGCGUCGUAUAUGAUUUCGCGGCCGGGCACUCGCGCUCGGCGUCCAGAAACAACAAAAAUAAUAACAACACACGAUUCUCGGUGGACGGCGUAGUCGCGUUUGGCGAGUAGAUAGUGAUAAAAAAAAAAAAACAACACACACACAGGUCAUGGAACCUGAAUGCGCGUGUAUGUGCGCGCGUAUAACGUUACAGUAUUACCUACUCUCUCUGGCGAACGCGCGCGGAGCGCGCCGAGACGUCACACGAUCAUUCUAUUUGAUAUUCAAUUCGAUUAUUUUGGGAACCAAUUCGCCCGCGUCGGUACUACAACAAUGAUAAUAAUUUGUGAAAAGCCGAUACUCGCGGGUGAGCCACCGCCGGUCGUAGGCGAGUAUAGUUGUGACGUGGGUAGGUAAACGUACAGGGUAAUUUUGGGAUUCCCCUCCCCACCCCCCGUAAUAAUUAACAAUUUUGGUUUUUUUUUUUUUUUCAUCGUUCAUGCCGAUCAGGAAAACGAAAACUAAUACAGCAAUGAUACGAUUUCAAAAAGCAACGAGCCGCGGUAACUGGAUCGAGCGAGUUCCUAUACAAAUUACAAAAUGCAUAUUCAUAUGCAUAUGAAUAUUAAAAUUAAUAAAAACAACAACCGAGAAAACACAAAAACGUUAAAACACAAACACAAUUAUUACGGUUUUUAUUUUCAUUUUCUUUUUACACAUUCGUUAAAAUACAACGAGCAAUUAUUUCAUAAUUAUAUCAUUAAAAGAAAGUGAUAACGAGUAUUUUAUUUUUAAAUGUUUAAAUAAGUAAAAGUUAUGUGCAUUGUACCAUGAUCUUAUUAUCUAUACUAAAUCGAGUAAAUACAUAAUAUGGUGCAAUUGGGCAUAAGUUGUUUAAGCUAAAGGUAAAAUAACAUUUGUGUUUUUUUUAGAUUCUGUGUGAAGCGAAGAAUGUAUUGGUUUUACAAUGAUGUUUAUUUUUUUUUUCCGCCAACAAUUUUUCUACCAGCAAUUUUGCUCGGAUUUACAAUAAAAGCGCUUUUUUAUGAAAAUAAAUCUCUCUGGGGAGGUACUUUAAUGAUGUCUUUUUUUGAUUUUCCCAUGAGUUUUACAAAUAAAUGGGAAAAAACAUGAAAAAGGUUAGAAGAUUAAUAUUCGUUAUGUAGUAAGAGUGUCGCGUAUAGGAUUUAGGUUAAUCAAGUACAAAUUUGAUUAAAGAGUUUAAAAUGAUGUCAAGUUUACCGAUACAUAAAUGAUAAUCAUUACCCAAAAAGGUAAUACCAUAAGAAGUUUAUAAUAAAUUGCUACGGCAAAUCAUUUCAAACGGAAAAACGAUUCUAAGCUGUAUUAGUCAUAUUUCCCCCUUGUUUCCAAGUCGUUAUACUCAAAAUUGAAUAAAUCACCGAGAACCUAGUGUAAAUCGUAUUAUAACAAUUUAUUUGCAAAUAAAUGGUACAAGUUAGAAGGACUAUAAUAAUAGAUAAAUAUAGAGGCGAAAAUUGAUGCAAUAUCGGUUUUUUUUCGCUACGGUUAUUUAAAAACUUGUAUGGCUACGGGAAAAUAGAUUUUCUGUAUGAUACUAUUAUUGAUUAUUUACCUAAUUUUCCGGUUUUUUUUUUCUUUCGAUAUUAUUACUUUAUAUGAAUUUUCGGCAGCAUUCCAAAAUGAUCGUCACCGAGAGCGCAAUUUAUUAUUCUACACUGCACCAGCAAACCGUCAUAUCGUGAUAGUCGGCAUACAUAAUGUAGUCUAUAGUGGGCGGAUCGUAACAAACGUUACGUUUGGCUUUUUUUUCUGUUGCUUUUAAAGCCGUGAUAAUUAUAUUUCCGGCGAAAUUUUUUUUUGCAACAUUUGUCGCAUAUUUUCUAUAGAGAAUUAAAAUCCCGGUCCUGUUUACGCGGCAAUUAUAUUAUACUAACGACAUUAUAAUACGGUCGAAUAUGAUCACCGCCACGCUGUUCGGAUGUCGCAAAACACUUUAUCCGGACGAUUCGUCCGUCCACUCGGAACGCCAAUGUCGGGGCCAGUGUAACGUCAGGUCAGGCAAACGGCGGUUAGGUUUUGCAGUAGCCAUCGGUACCGGCUCGGGGGGUCGUACCCGCCGUGAUAUUCUACCGAACCCCUGUAGGAGUCACCCCUGCAGCGCACGGAGAACCGAACCCCGCGAAGUGCAAUGUCCAUAAUAGUAAUAAUAAUAAUAAUUACAAUUAUCGGUCUGCGGUGGCGGUCGGUCGGUCUGUCGGUCGACCGGUGACCUUCAAAGCCACGGUAAUAAUUAUAUUAUUAUUAUUAUCGUGAGUCGCAGCGAGCGUGUGCGGUGCCACCGCUACGAUUUUGUUGUUAGUUUUUUUUUUUUUCUCUAUCGUUAUUACCUUUUAUUUUUUAUUUUUUUCAGGACGAAAAAAAAAAAAAAACGUCCACUAUUGUCUUUUGUACGCUAUAUACUCUAUAUAAUAUACGAGUGUAUAUACAUCACUAUUAUUCACUCCGGUCCACAGCACCGGCUAUAUAGCUGUUACAUUAUGUAUUGGUAUAUAUACUCGUCGGGUUUGUACUGUACACGUACAUCACGUACACAAUUGCAGGCCGACGACGAUAGGUCCCAAGGACGUUGUGUUUUUUUUUUUUUUUUUUUCGGAUAUGUACUAUAUACAUAUAAAUAUAUAUAUAUAUAGUGUACGUUGUUAUUCGUCGAAGGCGACCUUCGCAAAAGUUCGCGGGAAAACGACGAAUCAAAGGCGUCGAAAAAAAUAAAAACCAAUCUGAGAGAUGCUUGCGUAGCGCGUAGCUCGUCCCCGCUUGCCACCCGCGGCAUGACGGGAUAAAGGCGAGAUAAUGAGGGAAUGGGGGCGAUGGGGGGGGGGGGGGGGGGGGGGGAGAAGACUCCCGCGGAAUAGAUUCAAUCUCGGUAUAGGUGUACUGGAGUGAUCAAUCUUCCGUAAGAAAACACUAUCUCGAACAAAAAAGUAUGUCACGAACUUUUUUCCCGGAAUUUUCUUUAUGGAAAUUUUAAAUUUGAUUUUCCAACGACAACCUAUAUAAUGAUAUGUAAUGCGGUGAAAAUUCUGUAAACAGAUAAAAACGCAUGUAUAGUGCGAAAAUAAGUCGGCAGUGAUGUUUUUGAUUUCCGUCGAUCCAUCGGCGAGAUACCUGUCUGCGAGCAUUACGCGUUUUGAGUUUGACGAUUUUGCGGGUAGUGGAAUGUAAAUUUUCAAAAAAAACAAAAACAAUCGAACGAGACGAUACUGUACUCAUCUGCUCGGAAACUGAUGUUACAUAAUAAACUCCAAUCCCUCCCUCCACCACCACUCGGAACGCGGCAUAACGACACACUAUAAUUUCUUGUGUAUUUAAACCGAAAUAUACGCGAACCUAACCAUCGUUAACGAAACUCGACCGAAAUAUUGCAGAUUUAUGCGAUGCUGUAUAGUUGUAUCUUUAUACAAUACCUAUAUGUAUAUUAAAAUAAUACAUAGACUCGCGCGCCCGUCCUUGACCUUAUAUGACGUGUGCUGCGGUUGCUGCGAGUCUGCGACUCUUUGGUACCUAUGCAUGAACGCGUCGUGGAAGGGGAGAAAUCGUGUUCACUACACCGUCAUCAAAUUUACGAGAAAAAAAACAACAAAAAUUAUAUAUGUAACGUUUCGAAAUAUUAUUUCGUGUGCAAUGUACAAUAUAAUAAUAAUACUCUUAACAAUAUAUAUAUGCAUGGGCGCCCGCAGGAAAUUUAUCAGAAAAAGACAUAAUAAAAUCAAACACCAAAAAGUAUUUAAAAUACAAUUAUGUUUGAAAUUUUGGAGUCCAGGGGGGGGCAGACGCCCCGUAUUGCCUCCCUCCGGGCACCUAUAUAUAUAUAUAUACAGAUACCUAUACAUAAUAAGUCUAAUACCGGGGUCGCGUGGCAGUUCACAGAACCGAUAAUUAGCCAAUUAGCUCGGCUACACAAUAUCGGAGUCCGUUCUGUAAAAUGAAAAAAAAAAAUGUUAUCAUCAAAGUCGUUGAACUAGUUUCCGGUCUGUGAAAUUUGCUGAGCCGUUUAGACAUCACGGAAUAUUCCUUAUCAUCGUUUUAGUAUAAUCAUAUUCUCGCGUAAAACCGCUGCUGGUCACAAAAUCCACAUUACAACCGCAGGUAACAUAUUGUACACGGAUAUCGAAAUAAUAAAAUACUUUCGUGGAACGUUCAAUGAUAAUAAUAUUGUAAUUGUACAGAACCGACAACGAAAAAAAAAGUUUACAGAACUGCAGUUUUUUAUGGACAUUGUUCCCGUCCAACAUAUUAUCAUAAUGAUAGUUAAGGUUCCAGAAUUUCAUGAAACUUUUAUUUUUGAAAUCAUUCAUGAAAGUUGCAUGACAUAUUUCAUUUCGAUUAAAAAUCAAAAUAAACGUAUCGUUGAUGUUUAAAUUUAGAACUCUACACUAGUGAUGACUACGACGGACAUCUAUACAAACUAAGGUCUUGCGUAGAGACUUCUAAAAAUUGUUGACAACUUAUUAUACCAUGGCAAACAUCUACAGUUCAAUCAGUAUUAAUUUUUCGACAGAUUGAAUGAAAAAAUAGCAUUAUUUAAAGUUUCAUGCGAACUCGAUACCACGAGCAAUAUUAGACUGCGGUACAAUGACAACAUAAUAUUUAUACAAAACCGGACCGGUAAACAAAUAUUUAAAAACAAAAACACUAUUUUUCAGUAUUUCGUUGAAAAAUGUCAAACGUGAAAAUGUUAAGUGAAAUAUUUCCCUUACGCACACAUAACCGUAAUAUCAAUAAUAUAAUAUUACGUCCGGGGACCGCGUCUCGUGUUUCACCUUGUACACGACACGUUCGUGAUUUCGUCACCAAAGGUCACGUUUGAAAUUAUAAUUAUAAAAUAUUUUACGAACGCGCGCGCUCUGUGCGACUUACAUAAUUAUUAUUAUUUAUUACCGGUGAUGUGCCUCGAUGUCGAAGACAUUUUUUUGCAGUUAUCGGUGUAUAAAACUGACGAUAAAUGUUCGGUUUAUCACGAUUUUACGUAGACACGAUAUUUCGGAAUAUUAUAGUCACACGCUAUUUUUAGAUAUUUCCCCGUCGUAAGCCAGGAAACGAUUGUCCGGAAAUAUCGGUAUGAGGGGGGGGGGGAGUAGAUGUCCGAUGCGUUCCGACAUCCUCAAUAUCGAUUAAAUGAUAAUGGCGAUUUGAGUAUUGAAUUCGUCCCGAACCGUUGUCGCUAUAUCUCAUAUAGGUAUUGUAAAAUAAAUUAAUUCAAACCUGACGGUUUCCUAACUAUAAUGUGUAAAUUCAUGGCUUAACUGUAGGAUUUCCAAGCUCCCGUUGGCUUAACUCUACUAGGGCGCUAUCUAUUACUUAGAUUUUUUUUUUGGGGGGGGGGAGAGGGUGAACUAUAAACACGCGGUUACGCCACCGGUGAGUAAGUUCCUGCGCAUUACGACUUUUACAAGACAUUCUCGCAAUAGAAUUAGCAAAAAUGAUCCGUUGACGUAUCUCGAUAGAUAACACUAAUUAUUACCGACACACGAAUGAAUAAGUAUUACGAUAUAAUAUUAUUGUGUAGUACCUAUAUAAGUAACGAAUUAUCACAUAUUAAACACUUAAUAAAACGUUUAAAUAAUAUUAUCUGUCAUAGGUAAAUAGAUCACGGCUAUCAUUCGAGAUAUUAGAUAUCUAUAAUUAUUAUGAAUAUAAUUAACUGUUUGCACUCACUAGAAUAUGCAAUCGUUGCAAAUUAUUUAAAUCGUACCUAUAUAUACUAUACCGUAAAACUGGGUGAAUAAAAUAGAAACAAAUUUCAACUUUAACAUACCGUAAAAACUAUUCUAGUUGGGCUACAUAGUAAAUCAGUCCGUCAAAAUACAAGUCUCUUCGAGUAUUUUAAGUGUGUAAAUUUAAAAUAUGUUGUUUUUUUUUUAUAUACAGAUUUGUUUUAAAUAAUUUUUUUAAGUUUUAAGUUGUAUCGGUUUUAUUAGACGCGUUCAGUUCGAUUUUCGUUUGUAUUAAUCUUUGUAUAACAAUAAUACGUUUAUGCUAUCUUUAGGUACCUGGAACCGGCCUUGGAUCAAUUACAUUUUCAAAUUAACUUUAAACUUAAGAGUAUAACCGAAAUCAUUCAACAGAAACAAAAAAAAACCAAAUUUUAAAGCGUUAAAUGAUUAAACUUUUUUCGUUCGACUCAAUUAUAUAGCUAAUCAUAUACUGUUCGACCUUGAUCUAAUGAAAUUAACGUGUUUGUUUUGCAUAAGUAUACUCGAUCUUUGCUCUAUAAUGUAUUCUUUUGGACGGUUUUACUCGAGUCAACAACAAUAUUUGUAUAAAAUGUAAAAUUUUUCGUUGAUUGAUCAUCGUGUUCAACAAUAAAUACGUCCGCAUGUUAGUUAAAUAUCAAAUAAACCGCGCGAAUCCCGAACGAUCGGUAUUUAUUUUGUUGGUCAUAUUGACGUCAAAACAAUAUUAUAAUUUCGACCGAUUUUUAUUAUAAUUCAAUUUGUGUAACAUUUGAGCAUAUUAUACAUGCAGUGUUGAAUCCAGAACAUUUUUCUGAACUUUCACUUAAAAAUUACAGUAAAUUUUUUUUUUUACUCAUCUAAGAUUUUAAUUAAUUAUUUAUUAAACAUUUAACAGGGAGACAUAUGAAAUUCUAGGGAGGGCUGUCGUCCUCCUCAGUCAUAUACCUGGGUUCAACACUGUAUACAUGCACAAUUCCACGAGAAUUAAAUUAGCUAUACGACAUAAAUCAAAAACCGGCCAAACUCUCUUUUUAAACGCUAUACACCAUGAAACGCGAACAAUAUUCGUUUAACAAAAACAAUUAUUAUUUCAAUAGGCAGGCCGGGCAAUGUAUACAAUGUCAUGCAAACACGUAAAACUACCGUGAACGAAGCUGUUUAAGUGUGCCCAUAGGUACAAUACUAAUUGCGAACGUAAUUGCGAAUUCAUUAAAUUUAAUUCAUUAGAGAGAAAGAAAGACAAAAAAAAAAAAAAUGGUAUUUAAAAACACAAUAUAAUUUAUCCAAGGACAUUUUUGGGCGGAACGACAAUAAUAAUAAUGUUCGACAUUUCUACGCGAUCCUUUUAUUUUUUCGCCCGAGGCGUGACAAUAUACGAGUAAGUACACCUGGGGACGGACUCGCGUUUUAUUUUCGAAUUUGUACGUAGAGUUAUAGUAUAUUAUAACAAUAUUUUCAUAACUAUCGGUCCGUCAAUUGGCAUUUUCGUAUAUACCUACCUACCUACGCGCUCGUUAUUUUACAAUAAUGUACACAAAUUUGUGAAAUUCCACGUCGAACCGUAUGUACGUAUACCAAUCCGCGUGUGUACAAUAUACAAUUGCGUUAUUAAUAACAUUUUAAUAUAUUUUCGGUAAAAAAAAAAAAUUACCUCUAAAAAAAAUACGCCGCCGGCGCGCCCGCCAAUUUAUACAAUAUAAAUAAUAAUUUUUAAUAAUAUUCUCUAUAUUAUGUAUCGAGUAUUUCUGACGCACAAUUUCACCUGCGUACCUAAAUAGAAAAAUAAUAAUAAUAAAUAUAUAGAUAUAUAGGUAUAUAUGUGUAUACCAAAAAAUAAAAAUAAAAAAUACUUGCCAAGUUUUUGUGCCAAAUAAGGUAUUUUGUCGUAUUGUCUUCGCCGACAACGACAUAUCAAAGUGAGUUUACAGAACUAUUAGUAAAGAAAGCACGUGGAAUUAUAUUGUGGUUUCGAAUCGCAUACGAACCUUUUAUAUACUUACUAUAUAAGUUACUCAAGUACAUUUAAGUUAAAUUCGAAAGUUCUAUAACCGAAAGAAAAACACGAGAAACUGAUUUCUAAAAUUGUAUAUGUACGCUCGAAAUUUACUAUACAUACAUACUGAACUUUGUUAAAAUAAUUCACGUCUUGUCUCUGUAGCUAAUAUUAAUCAGUCCAAACAAAAUAUCUGCAAAUAACGCACCACUAUAUAUUAUAUAGUAUAUUAUUUAACCACGAAUUUACAAAAUAUCCGAUGAACAAAUUGGUUUUUAUAUGAAAGAGCAAUUUAUUAACAACAUAAAAUUAUUAUUUCCGACAACACCUAUUAUAGUGAAUUAUAUUUUCUUCAAUAGGAAUCGGUGAAACGAACGAAUAUGACGUUUUAAACCGAAAACCCCGACAAAACUGGAGGAAUUGUGUAUGAAUGAUUCAAAAAAAACGUCAGAUUCAUCAGAUUGGAAUUUUGUUUAUGUUAUUUUAAUGAUCUUCAUCACAACUAAAAGAAAAAUACUUUAUAUAUACGGUUUUGACAAAUAAAUCAAAAAUACAAUACAAUUUUUUUAUGAUUUUCAGUAAAAUGAUAACAUUUCAGUUUCCAACAUGUCGUAGUUAAGAACCUAAAGAACCAUAAUCCGUUUCCAAAAUUGGAAUCCGUCUAACGCAAUUCCUACGGUUUCGUCUGGCUUUUGAGGCUAAAUCUACUAAAAUAAACACGGUCGCCAAUUCCAUUAAACCGUGAAGGUAUAUAGCUAGUUAAACUUUUUAUAUUUCGGACCAUUUCAAAAUACCCAUUUAAUGCGAAUAAGCCAGCUGCGUAUAUUUUAUACAGACAACCAGAUUUUUUUUUUUUUAUUCGAAAAUACAGCGCAAUACGAAAUAAAAUAUGUGUGGCCUUUUUUUUAAUUUUCUUUUUUUGUACAUAUAUACAUAUAGUUACACUGUACUAGGUAUAAUACUCAGAGGUGGAUCGAGAGCAACCGAUUUUCAGCUUUAAUCAAAUCAACCACCCCCCAUUGUCUUGUUCUGGAUCCGCUCUUAUACUUAUUAUAUACCAUGUAUAAUGUUAAUGAUUUAUGGUUUAACUGCGUAAUACAAGAAGCGUGAUAAAAAAAUAAACAUGUAAAACAUUACCGAAUUUGUAAAUAUACUAUUAUCAUAAUAUAGUAGGUAUUAUCGAGUGGAAGAUAAUGCGGAAUUUAUUCGCACUAAGUGUAAUAUACGCAUAAAACGUAUAGAGUUAAGGGUUUUAUAUUUUACGUUUUAUACUAUACCGUACUGUUUACGUUAUAACCCUGGUUUGAAUUCAUUUUAUCAAUAAUAGCACUUAAUACUCGACUGAAUGCAAUACGCGAAUACCUUCAAAUAAAAUUAUUCACUCGUGUUUAAUACUGUUUCGGUAAUAACAAUUUUAUACGACCACUUGUUUUUAUUAUUUCAAAGUUUUUAGCACGUUUUAAGUGUUUUAACGUUUAUGUACAGGUACAUAUUAUAUAUUUUAAUAUUUGAUAGUAAAAUUGCUGUUUCCGCACAUGGUUUUUUUAUGCCCGGUGUGCGCUAUCGAUUUAUUAACAAAAUCGGUUAAAACACGAUAAACCAUAAUACACAAUGGAUUUAAUUUUACAACAUUAUUGACUAAACUAAAUUGACUAAUAUUUAUUUUAUUUUUUUCUUCUGUACGUUUUAUAUUUAACGUAUUUUGUUUUGUCCCGUGAGUGAUUAAUUCUCAAUAGUGGAGGAUUUUUUUGUCCCAUUUUAUUCCAAGAAAAUUAAUUCACGAGACGCUCGUGAGAACGUCUCGAGAAACUGCAGAAUAAACGAUACGAAUAAAAAUAUUAUACGAGCGAACGUUUGAAAUAUUAUUACUCCAGUUUAAAAUCGAAAUUAAAUUAUACACAACUACGCGAAAUACUAAAGGACACAAGACUAAAGUCUCUUUAAUUUUUUAUAUAAUAUAUUUUCGAAUUUGUACCCAGACAAUAUAGACAAAAUGGUCGUUUUUCAAAAAAUUCAUACAUUGUAAUGUAACUAGAAUUAAUAGAUUUUAUCAUAGAACGUGCAGUGUGCAAUAAUUAAAAAUAAGUUACUCGAGUAGUUUUAAGUUUAGAAAACUCGUAAAUAAUUGUGAGUCGCGGUAUCGUAUAAUAUAGGUACGUUGCAAUUUGUGUUGUCAUAUUAUCAGUAUUUAGGGGGAGGGGGAUAUUUGCUCCGGGCGCCACAAUCAUAAUCUUUUAAGACUCGGUAAAACAGCGAUUUUUUUUUAAUAUCAACCCAUAAUAUUCUAUAGCUUACACUCACUAAGAGGGUGUAAAAUAAUACUUUGUAAACAGAUUGUGUUCUUAUGAAAGGGCGCUAAGAAUAUAAAUACGUCUCUUCAUAUUUUUUAUUCGAUACGAUAAAUACAAUAAUUAUUCAAAGAAUUUUACUUUUUACUUUGUAGUAUGGGCAUAUUCACAGGGGAGGGGAUAUGGGGGAUUAAUCCCCCAUGGCCUUUAUUUUUUUUUUUUAUUAUUAACGACAAAUAACGGGUAUUGAAGUAUUGUUAUAUUGUUAUUUUACAAAUCGUCAUUAAUCAUUAUUAAUCAUUAUCACUUUUUGUUCCAAGCGGUAGGCAUAUUACAAAAUGUACAUGGCCUCGGCACUACGUAUAAAAUAAGCCAAUACCAUUGGCUAAUUAAAAAUGGACGAUUUUCCGCCUUUAAAUAGUGAUAAAAAAUUUGAUUUGUGAAAUAACUGAUACUAGAGGCAUGCUAAACCUUUUUUAUACUCUAGACAAAAUAAAAAAAUUAGCACCCGCCCAAAACAUAAAUUUGUAUAUGUCCUAUAAAUAAUUUUUUCACAGCAAAAACUUUAUUUACCUAGCUACAUACCAUAGACUAUCAAUUCGAAUGUACGUAUAUUAAUAAUAUAAAUAUAUAUAGAUAAUACACACAACUAAGGGCAUCUCUGAUUUCGUGAUAGUUAAUCAACACUCAACAUCUUUAAUGACCCGUCCCUCGCCAAUUUUAGUCAUAAGGCAAUUACCUCAAAUAAACCUACUUCGAUACGCCACUGAUUGAUACCCAAUAACAACUUAUAUUAAAAAAAUUAAUUUGAACUACUUAAUUGAAUGUUGCAAUGUGUAUUGAAAUUCAACGUCUACCUAUUCUAUUAUGGUCAUCAGUUAUUGUGUGGGUGUGAGGGCCUAUACGACCCCGAUUGCUCAUUUUGCAAACAAUUUGUAUAUCCCCCUCCCUCCCAAUAGAAUCCCUGAGAACGUUAUUGCUUUGCGGAGACGUUUCGCGAUCGAUUUCACUGUAGCGAAAUAAUUUAUCGUUUCAUUGAAUUGACUUAAAUAUCAAUCGUGUAAGUGUUUUACUAUUAUCGUUGAUUCCUUAUUAUUUUAUAUGUUUACUUAAUAUUUUUUUUUUUAAUUUCAUAUUACCCUGAGCACGUGCAGUUUAUUAAAUGUGCAUACCUGCCGUUUUAUGGUGUACGGGUGUAAUGCCAAUUUAUUUAACAUAUCGAGAAUUUGAUUGGGCAAUAAUACAAAAUGUUUAUCGACAGUGAUAAUAAUUUAUUCCGAACUCAUAAAUUACGCACCUAUACGCUACAUUAUAAUAGGAAUAUGUAUUAUAUACGUAUAUAGUAAAGCGACGGUAGCUGCGUGCUCGUGUGUGGAGUGUGCAUUCCUCACGUCGUCGUGUCCUAUAAAAAUCACUCGAUAAAAUGUGUUUAUAAUUUCGUAUUGUUAUAAUAUUAUGAAUAAUUUAAUUCAAUUGAACGCGCAAGUCCAGAUCAAUGUAUAAACAAUACGUCUAUAUAUAUAUAUAUAUAUAUAUAUAAUAUAUGCAUAUAUUAUUAAAGUCAUUCGGCGCCUACAGAUUAAACCGAAAAAAAUUGUUUCGAAAUGGUUUUUAAUUCAUACACUGCAUAUCAAACUAUGUGCGUUAGUGUUUUAAUAUACGAUACACAGCAAUCAUAUUGAAUACGGUUUUAGCCUAUGAACACCAGAAUUAAUUCUCUGUGGGUUUUCUUUGAUCGCAAGUUACAUUCGUAAAUAACACUUCACACGCGCCCGCAUUGUUGCGUUUCAUCUAGAUAGGUAUAUUUUUUAUUAUCUUUUAUUUCAUUUGGAUAAAUGAGAAAAAAAGUCGUCUCUGAGCUGCUGCUGAUAAGAUAAAUAAUUGAAUUGUUUUAAAUAGUUAUUUAUAUUAAAUUUAUUAGAAAUAACAGACAAAACAUAUUUAAUUUAAUAUGUUAAUAAAUACGGCUAAAUAAAUAAAUGAGCAAUUAUUAUUAUAUCACAUCAACCGUAAUACCUUUUUCAUAACAUCUAAAUGUGUAUUUUUUACUACUUUUAGCACUUAGAUUUAUGAUACUUAAUGAACAAAUUUAUCUUUUUUAAAAAUCUAUUUAAAAAGUAAUCUAUUAUUUAUCUGUAGAUAAUUGAAUUGCCAUCAUAUAUUUUAUCUACCUCUAGCAAUAUUCUAACAACAUCAUCUCUUAUCUAGAUAUUUUUAAAUUUAUCUUUUUAAAUAACUAUCUGCGUAUAAAAAUGUGUAAUUUAUAAUUGACUCGUUAGCAUUAUUAGAUUUUAAUUGAAACCAACGGCAGAUUCCUCGUACAUCAGACGACUAUAUACUGUCUAUAACGAUAAUUUCUCAGUCAAAAUAUAGAAAAUCGUUCAAAAAAAAUGACAAGCUGCGCCAUAACUGUAAACAUGACAUCACUACAUACCUAUCGGGUCUUCAAUAACUGCAUCAAUAAUUUUCUCGUUGUAAACAUAAUAUUACAAUGUGUGCAUCAAUGGAUCCAAGUCUUUCCCUACUUUCCGAUAUAAUUCGAUAAUGCACCUGCCAAGACCAAUUUAUAACCGGUGAUGGUUUUUGACUAGAACAUAAAGUAUCACCAUUUCUGUUUUUUUUCUUCUAAAUACAAUUUUUAUAGGCACAUUUUUUUAUUUUUACUUUUGUGGUGGACCGUAAUGUCGGUUUCUGAACUUACAGUAUCCCUGAUGUAUAUCUGAACUUUAAAUAGUAUAACCAAUCAUAUUGCAUUUUACUCGACUUGAAACAAUAUUAUUUUGGCGAAGAUUGGCAGGUUUCUCGAAAUAUUUGAUACCUACGCCUGCAAAACUGUCUACUUGUUUCCGAACUCUGCGAUACCUACGCUCUGUGUUUAUAAUUAUUUGAAUUCAAUUUAUUCUUCCGCAAUCCAUUACGGAAACAACGGAUCGAAGAACUUACCCGAUCAAAUUUAAUAAAUUUAAUAACUCUAAAGUUGUUUUCGGUUUUGUGAAUAUUACGUCUUUGACGAGUAUGUAGUCACAGUAUACAACCGCGUUGUGAAUAUUAUUAAAACUUUUUAACGAUAAAAAUAAAUCACAUAAUAUUAAUACAUACAAAAUUUAAGUGGCUUUUAAGUGGUUAAUAUUAAAAUGUUAUUUACGCCCGGUUAUCCUCACAAAAAUGCAAUAAUAUUCACGUUUAUCAGAGUACAGUCCCGGUUAUCAGGGUUAACCCUUUUUUUAUUGUACAACGUAUGAAUUCAAAACGUAUAGUUGGUGUUGUUACUAUUUGUUUAUCGUUUCAACACUUUCGAGUGUGUAGUCGUUAUACGUACGCAUUUUUUUUUUUUUUUAUUACAUACACCGCGUAAACAAAUCAUAAUCCAUACUAUAUAGUAAUAAUAAUAUAACUCAUAUAUUACCGGGUGCCUAUACGGUUUGAGAAUUAAAACUAUAUUAUAUUGAUGAUAAUAAUUUAUAGAGAGAAACAUAAACGUACACGGUAGAUACGAUAAAUAUAUAUGAUGUAUAGAGAGAGAGAAAGAGUUGUCUAUAACCUACGACGUUUUCUCCUAAAACGUUCUCGUCGUAUACUACAUAAUGUUACCUGUAAUAAUAUAGCAAUUAUAAAAAUACAUAGGUUACGCAAUUUCCGAGUUAAUAAUAUAAUAUAUCGUUGAAAUAACAACAAUACGAAAAUAGAUAUGGCGAGCUUUUACUUAUUGUCCUGGGAGUGUUUAUAUAAGUAUUGAGAGGAAGGUAUUUAUGUACACCGGUGUCGCUAUAACUACUAUAACUAACACAGCAAAAUCACGUUGUUUAGAACGGCGUUUCUCGACCUUUGGCCACCCGAAAGUUUUAAAAGUUGAAAAUAGAAAUUUAAAAACAAGAAAAAAAUCGAAAGGCCUACGAAAAAGACUUCCUUUUCAAUCUUCCUUUUCGUGCGAUUUCUGAUCUGAUAACGUGACAAAACGAAAUAUAAUACGAGUUUAUGACAUUGAUAUAAAUAUAAAGCUAAAUUUAAUUUAAUCAUCGUAAUUGAUAAAUGUAAGAGGGUGUCGUAACCCUUGCCGUUAAAUUUUAAUUGAGUAAAUAUCUCAGUUGGUGUGUACGCAUAAAGAUCCUAUCAGCUGGAUUUAGAACGUUCGAUAUAAAUUGUGGCAUAUGGAUUGAAAUUGGAGCUUAACACAGUAAACGAGAUUUAAAUCGAAAAAAAUGUUCGAGUGCGUUUUCGUUUUUUUAAAAAGUUACAGCCACGUUAGUUACUUUUACAUUUUUUUGAACAAAAGUAAUUCGUUUCACAAUAUUUUAGGAAAAUCUCGAAAAUGUUCUCAUCUUUCAAAUUCGUUGUAAUAAUGUAUCAAUUCGAUGAUAAUUCGACGCAACAGAGCAAUAUUAUAAAUUAUAAUGUUGGGAUCGGAAAAUAAUAAUAAUGGAACAACGUCUCGGGACGCCGCACGUUCGAAAGAGGGAAGGGCUACCGCAACAAAACAAUCCGACGGAAAAAAAUAAACAAACGGAAAAAUGGUUUUUUAUUUUUUCUAUGCGUGUUCGUCGUUGCCGCCGCAUCGUUAUUAUUGUCGAACUGGUGUACUUACCUAUAUACAAUACAAUACAGGGUGAUUCUUUUGUCACGAACCAGCGAUUAUCUAUGUAGUCUAUAUUAUAUACGAAGAUUGCGACGUGUAAAAUUGAUUUUGGUUUUUUUCCGGUCAUUAUUAUGGAACAUCGUAUCGUUAAAAUAUUACAUGUUACAUUUACGAUAUAUUCUGCAACAUUUUACCAAUUUCCCAAUAUUCUCGUGUACCGAAAUCACGUCGUACUAUCAAAUAGUAACCAAUAUGUAUACAUUUUUAAAUUUUAAUUCAAAAAAGAGAAUAAUUUUCUGUAUAAAAACGUCGGCAAUUCAAAAUCUAAAAACUGUAUUAUAAUAACCAUCGUUUAAACGGUAUUUGUUCGAAUCCGAGUAUAAAAACGAACGUGCAGAAUAGGGAGGGAGUUGACCGGUAUUUGAAAAUCAAUAAUUCAAUUCCGUAACAUCAACUAACGAAUCUAUAAUAUAAUAAUAUCAUAUAAUAUAUUCUAUGUCUAUUAUAUUAUAAUACCAUGUAAUGUCUGAAACUGAAACCAAAAUUAAAUUUACCCGAAAUAUUCAUGCGCAUCUUCGCUGGUCCGCGAUAAAAACGAUUCGCCUAGUACAGCUGUACGAAGAACGGGCGCGUAUUCAAAUUUUAAAAAAUUUCAAGAAAAACAAAAUGACGUCUUAAUAUUUUUAAAAAAUAUUUAAAUAAAUUGCCAUAUAGUACGUUGCUAAUUAAUGUUAUAGGCCACGUUAUAAUAUAGUGUUAGGUAUUAUGCGUUUCUACAGUCAUUUUAUGAAAUAUUAGAAAAUUCUAGAUUGUUUUCGCCUAGAAAAGGUAUAGCCUACAAACGGCUCUUGAAAACCGUAUAGAGUUUUUUGUCUUUCUCGAAAAAUGUUAAAAUUCGAACAUGUGGUCGGUCUUCAUUUAGAAUUUCAUAAUAUAUACAAUAUAACAUUAUUGUUGUGCAGUGACUGUACCGACUACUGCAGUGACUUUAGUGACUAAAUUAGUGUCUGAGUUAAAAAUAAAAUUCCGGACACACGCACGCGUAUGUUAUUAUUUACAUCCCGACGAGACGGGGUUCGGCGAUAGACACGAAAACAAUCGGGCCAACGUAAAUUACAUUACAUAGACACACGCACGCUGCACAGUGCGCAUUGUCGGCUACUGGAGUUGCAGGGCGACACGUGCUACGAUAAAUUCGCCGAAACGUACUCGCACAACAUCCGCUCUUGAAUGUGUAUAUAUAUAAAUAUAUAUUUACACGUAAUAUUUAAAAAAAGAACAAAAUAAAACAAAAAAACGUGAGCGCACACGACGACCAUAUGUCCGACAGAUGUGUUGUUUUUAAUUUUUAUAAGGGUGUUAGCGCACGUGGUGUGUGUGUGCGUGUGAGCUCACGCGUAUAGGAAUAUAAUAAUAAUAUAUUGUGAAAUUUAAUACUGAAUAAUUCCAAAAAUCGACGACCACCACAAUUAAACUUGCCCACAUAAUAUCGCGGAUAAUAAAGAAACGGAUCUAACGUCGCGCCCUUGUGGGGGUGCGGGGCCCCGCUCGAAAAAUGGCACGACUGAAAAAGCACGAUUUUCCCGUUUGCUGUGGCAUACGUUAAAUACAUUUCAUAAGUAUAUUUAAUGUACUAUAUUGUGUAAAAACGUCACGAGUCUAUUUGUAUUCUUCACCGGUAGACGGUUUAAAUUUCGCCUUUCGUGUAUUACAUAGUUUUACUCACAAAAAAAAGGCCAUCUGUAUCGGUAUUUGCGGCGGAUGCCAUUUCUCUUUCCGUCCUAUCACUUUCCCUAAAACAGUCUGCGCGGGAUACAUUCUGGCGUUUAACCCUGAAACCGACCAUGUGAUAAGCUAAGGACCAUUAAUUUAUGUUGUUAUCCGUGAUCUACACUACGUUGUGUAGUCAGAGUCGGCGGUAGACAAUAUAUUUCCAACGCGCGUGGAGCAAAUCGUUCACAUUUCAUCGACCGCGCGCUGUUGUAUCCGCGCACAAUACUCGAUCAAAUUAAUUACCAUUGCAGUUAUCCGUGUUGCCCCGUAUACCGUGUUUUCCGUCGGCCCCGAGUGCAGUUACCUUCCUUCGGGUGUCGCAGCGGUGAAGAGUCCGGCACGCGGACACAUCCGAGUUACGGACGUCGUGUUUGGACCGGCGAAAAUCAUUACACGUAUGUACGCGUGCACAAAGACCGUCGUCGUCGUACGUGAGAUACCGCGCGAUGCGAGAGGAGCGCGCAUCAUCGCGUCGUUGUCCUGCAGCACGGACACCGCGUAUACGUACCUACAAUAAUGAUAAUAUGUUACACACGCGUAUGCGCGUAUAAGAAUAACAAUAAUUUCGGCUGUUCGGAUUUUUAGAAUAUUUCUCCGGUAGGCGACAUUCGCGCGCGUUUCGCCAGUAACGGUCGACAGCGACGACGACGACGACGACACGCCGCGGCGGGCAGCUAUACACGCGACACCCGUAGACCGUCGUCUAACCGGGUGCAUCUGAACCCGGGGGCGUGUGCGGGAGAGCGGAGAUUAAGCGUUUUGUACAACAAUAACACCGCGGGUGUUUAUUUAGUAAUUUUAUCUCGAACAUUUAAUGCGAUUCGGCCGAGUCUGCCAUAAGGAAAAACUGAUAAUAUUAAAACCAUACCAUUGGUUAAUUACUAUAGGAACUAUACGUAUAUUUAAUAUACUAUACUACGCUAUUACCUACUCUACAAAUUAUUUCAUAAUUUCAUAGAAAAAUACAUUAACAUGCAGAAAUCACGAAUUCCAAAAAUGAAAACAUCUCGGAGCGCAGUCUUAAUCGUUUGAAAUUUCGGUCGACACGGAAAGCUAAUAAUUGAGUAUAAAAUAUAGUUUACAGUAAAUGUAUCGUUUACAAUGACAUUUUUGCCGGAUACACAAUCGACACACGUUGAAAAUAAUUUUAUUAUUCAUUGGAUAUCGGUUAGAAAAUUAAAAUUAUAGAAAGACUAUAAAUUUCUUUACCCGUACUUUGGUCCAAUAAUAUAUCUGUAUAACCAUUAUUGUGCCCGCGGUCUGUCGACGAUAUCGACUUUUAUUUGUACAGCGAACAAGGUCGAUUAUCGGCGAACAAAAAAAAAAAAUGAUGAUAAUGUUCUCCUCGUCGUCUGAUGAUUUUUUUUCGCGUGUUUCUUUUUCGCCGCGCAAUCGACGAUAUUCGUAGCCAGCCAAAGACGGCGGAAUUAUAAUUACCAACGAACCCGCCGCGUGGUGUUUUUUCGACCGGGUAAUAGCUGCUGCUUAUAUACGACAAUGGUCAUAUUAUUUGCAUUCUUAUCGAAGCAGCAAUUCCAGCGAUAGAAAAUAAAUGUGCGUGUACCGUUUAGGGCAGUGGUGAACAACUACGGCCCGCGAAUGUUUAUUAAUCAGCCCGCCAAAGUGUUUUAAAAUCAAAAAUUAACACUCAUAUUAAAAAAAAAAAAUGACACGUUUAUACUUUGCUUUUGUUUCUCAUUUAUAACAACCAAAACAUAAUAAAUAAUUAAAUAUAUCACUGUAUAUUAAGAUGUACCUACAAUAAAAUAAAAUAAUAUAUUAACUUAAAAGUAAACGUUAAAAUUCUUGGCCUACCAAGAAUUAUUGUUAUUUUUAAUGGCCCUCUAUGAAAAAAGGUUGGUCACCACUGGUUUAGGUGAUCGGGUGCUGAUACGUGUAUACAUCUCACCUGCGCACAACUCUAUUUUUGUUUCGUUUGCGUACAUCGUAAUAACACGUCCAUUUUUUUUCACCCGAGACCAGGCCUAGGACUCGCAAAACGUUGUUCUGCAAACAUGCGUUUAAAAACGAGUGUCUACGAAUAUGAGAAAAUAUGUAUAAAAAUAAAAAUCGUUCCAACCUCACGGCACAAGGUGUGCGAUUUCGUGAAGCACUAGAGUACAGACACUUGAUAUUGCCAAUACUCUUUUAGCCAUUCGAUAUUACCGGAGCAAAUGCAACUAUAGGUUUUUAAAAAUCGACGGUCGUUUUCUGCUGCUGCCUAGGCCUCAUUGUCAGAUUCUCGUCCGAAAUCCAAAUACUCGGAUGGGACCAUCUCGCUAUUCAUUUAGACUCGUGGCUCCGUCACUUGACGAUACCUAUAAUAGUUGGACAGUUGGAUUAUUAUUGUAAUAAUAAUAAUAAUACCGUAAUAAUAAUGUAUAUAGCGAAAUCAAGCGGGAUAAUAUAAGUAUACGCUCGUCGGCACCGUCCCCCAUUUAAGUUACCAACACCGACCGUAAACACGCGUGUAACCAGUUUGGUAACGAGUAUUUGAUAUUGUAUAUGCUUUCCGAGCCCGACGAAAAAAUAUCCGAAGUAAUAUUAUCGUAUUAUGAUGAGAUAUCCUAUCCAUAAAAUAUUGUCUAUACGGUGUGAACGGCGCCCGAGUGCUGCUGCUCGCAACCACCAGACGUUCGUCGUGUACCUACCAAUACACAGGUAUACGAGAGUGGUAAAACAUUAACGAAUUAUUACACGCGUGUGAAAAACGAGCACUUGGGGGAAGGGAUAGGGAACGCGCUGCGGUACAAUCCAAAUACGACGGCGACGGAUAAUAAGAUAGGUGCGGUCCGAUGAUGAUGAUAAUAAUAAUAAUAUUAUCGUGGAGUUUUGUAUUAUUAUUUACCCUCGUCCGAAUAAUAAAGCGAACGAUUAUAGAAAAAAAAAAAAAACGUAUAUAGGUAUAUAUCGGUGUGUCAGCGUACAAAAUAAUAACGCAGCACACCCAUAAAACAAAAAUUAUAAUAAUACAAAUAUCUCCUCGUCUUUUUACCGAUUCCAAUUUGUAUCUCUGUGCCUGUGUAUUACUGCAAGUACCUAAGCCAAACCUAUAGUAGGCUAAAACGCAUCGUGUUUUAAUAUUACAAAAAAAAAAUUGUAAUCGUGAUAAAACAAACAAGCACCUUAUAUAGCAUAAGAUGUAUAUUUCAGCAAUAAGUAUACUCGUAUAUCGAGAUUACUGCGCAGCCGCGGCACUAAGAAUUUGACGGCGUCCAGCAUCGCGUGUCCGCUUCUGAACGGCCGCCAUACUAAUUGAAAAAAAUCGUAUCGCGAUAAUGUUAUAUUUGUUUGUGCAUUUUUCGUUUGGAAUUCGAAGAUCGAUAGUGUCGGGUGUCUAUAUAGGAGCAGUGGCAUAUGCUAUGGAUUUAGUUAAACACACCUAGCAAUGCAUAUAAAUACAGAGAUAAUACAUUUGUUCAUAUUUAAAUGUACUCUAAAUGCAAUAAUUUUUACGUUUUCCUUUUUGACGCAUUUUUUGAUACUAUGUGUGAAAUUCAUAAAAAAUACUUAACAUAUACUCGUAAUAUAUAUGUAUAUCUAUUUUUCACUCACAUAUUUCAAUUUCAAAACGAAAUAUGAGCAUUUUCAAAUUGUAAUAUUUUACACCCGUAACUUACUUUACCAUACAAAUAUCAUAAAAAAGGCCAACGUACAAACAUGAAUAAUUUUCUUAACUUUAAAUUUGAUAAUAGGUCAAUUUACUUUAAUACUUAAGCUAAAAACACCAGUUUGGUUUUGCUAAACGCAAAUUUGCUAUAUAUUACACGUGAAUCAGAGAGAGAAAACAAAUAGUGCAGCACUGAUAUUCUCUUAAGAGGACGUUAUACCCACAUUCGCGGUCUCUGUCUUACAACCACGCUACAUAGAAAUUCGACCAGCGGGAACAACUCUGUGUUGUCCAUUUUAAGGACUCCAUGUUAGAGUGAAUUGACCUACCUAUUAUCAAACUUAAAGAUAAGAACAUAAUAUAUUUCACGUCGUCGUUUUUUUCAUAGUUUUAAUUUUCAAGCGAGAUAUAAUUAUUUUUAAUUCAUAAUAUUUCACACACUCAUAUCUCGCUUAAAAUUAAAAUUUCAAAAAAAAAACCGAUGACACGACACAUCAAUUCACUCUAAUAAUAAAACUAACGACACGGAGUUUUUCCUGCGGCUAAACGAAAACGUGUAGGAUUUUUAGACGAAGACAGCACAUGCGAGUACAACGUCCUCUUAACAUUUUAUCUAGUUUAUUAUAAACGUAAUAUUGUCGAACUGAACUAUCAUUUUAUAAUAAAAACCGGUAAAUUGUAAAUGUGAUUAGUAAUAAUAAUAAUAAUUAUAAUUUAUACACAUAAAUUAUUUUCCUGAUCAAAUUGGGGGGGGGUCAUUGACCCCUAUCUCCCCCGUUCCCCGGGCACACCUAUAGGAGCAUAAUAUACAGCAAAUCGGCAGCUGUAACCUUUUUAUGCGUAUACAACUGCCGCCCCGGCGGCGUACUCGUUUAUUUUGUCACGAUUGUAAUCUCGCUCAAUCGGCAUUUCAAUGAUAUCAAGUUACAAAAUACUCGUCUUCUUCCUCCUCCGGGGUUGAGUUUACCAACUAUUGUAAUAUUUUGUUCCGCAAUAGACGCAACAGUAAUAACGGCGACCAUAUUACAAUAAUGGUUUAUACCGCGUUAUUAUAAUACGACGAAGUAGAGAGAGAGAGAGAGAGAGAGAGUAUAGACAUUGAGCUUUUAUAACGAAAAUCGUCGAACAAUAGCGGUUAUGGUUGUUUAUUUUAGUAGUACGCUAUUUCGUAUUAUAGCUCCUCGUAUAUCAACUUAUUACCUAUAUAUAAACCGUAGAUGCAAUAUUAUAUUAUGUUGGCUUCCUACAGUCAGUUUAUUAUACAUGUCUACGACCACAACGGAGCGGGAGAGCUGUAUUUUGUUGGAAAACAUUUUACCAGAACGCGUAUUACAUACUCGAAAUGUAUUUUCUUAGGCCCGGAAAAAUAAUCCAUUGGAAAGUAUUCUGUUGGGAAAUCUGUAAUAGUUAAAACAACAACGUAUAUUAUUGUAUACAAAUACAAAACACGUUUAGAAACAUGAGUUACGAUUGUUAAACGGGUAGACGACUGGAGAAAACAAGUUGGACUGAUAGGGUCGCUAUAAUGAGAAAAUUUUGCUUAUAAAAUUGCAGAUUAUUGUGGAAAAAUAUUUUUUAAAAAAAAAUCGAAACUAAUCUUCUCAGACGUGGGGGUUUUUUUGGAUUAUGCAUGAAAGUGAUGAUAGAAGGAAAACACUAUACAGUUGGUUAUCAAGAUUACAAUACUAAAUCCGAAUUGUAGAAGAUCGAUAAUGCGAUUCAUAAUUCAUACCGAGAAGUGAAAAGCUUCUUGAAAUAGAAAAAACACGGGGACAAUUAUUACGAACCAUUUCCUUGGAUCGGUACGAAUUACAGAGAGGAUAUAUAUAUAUAUAUAUAUAUAUAUAUAUAGAUAGAGAGAAAUAUAGGUGAUGAACAUAAAAAACAAUUUCAAGUAUGAUACACGUUUACGUUGUAUAAAUCAAAAACAUAUACCGCGUUUAGUCAAUAGUAUAAACUAUGAAUACAACAGUUUGGUUGCGAAUUUGUCUACAAGUCAAUUUUCACGUUUAAUCAACGCGUACAUAAAUGUAUCCGUAAAAGAAGAAAUAAUAAAAAAAAAAAAAAAAAAAAAUGAAAAAAUAACUAAUGCGAAACCCGUCUAACGGUGAUAUUGAAAUUCGACAGUUGUACCGAAAUUAUUACUGUACUGUCGUUUAGCAAAAUUAAUUCUAAAGUUUUUGUUUUUCGCCUACGAUUCGGUACGUAAUAUAGGUUAUACAAUAUAUAAUAUGACGUAUAAUGCGUCGUGUAAUCAUUUACCAGAAAGAUGUUUUGUUAUACGAGAAAGAGAGAGAGAGAGAGACAGAAAAAAAAUCACAUAAAUUAUUCGCGAAAUGAAUCAAUGGACGGAGUAGGAGAAAAAAAAAAUAAAAAAUACCCGAAUAUUUAAUAUUGUCGCAUGUACUAAUGCGUUCGCGGUGCACUCGUGUACUGUAAUAUUAUUCGUAUAUGCGACUAAUACUGUUAUACGCAGGUAUAAAUAAUGUAUUAUUUAUUAUUGUCUUGUCGGAACGAUUUAAUAAUAUACCGGACGGAUGGGAAAAAAAAAAAAAGAAUCACGUAUUGUAACGGUCUUCGGGUCUCCGGUAUAGGCUCCUCCGCGCGCGGUUACUUGUACCCUCGUCGCCGCAGCCGUCCGCUCUUAACUGCGCGUUGCGACUUUGUUGUUGUUGUUGUUGUUGUUUUCGUUAUUAUUUACACGCUACAUGGCGACGUUCGCAUAAUGCAUUGUAAUAGCAAUAAUGCAACAAUAAUACCAUAAACUCGAUAAACUAUAACGUAUUGCGUUUUGUGAGACCGUCGGGCGGAGUGCCGCUGCGGGCGAAACAAUCGGCUCCGAGGCCCGGGCCGGUUUGAAUCUAACCUGCAGACCUGACCGCCCCCCCUCCCCCCCCCCGGUUGCUUCUGCGCCUACCGACGACCGGGCGUACGUAACGGAUCGUAAAAUGCUAAAAUUAGCGUGUUGCGUACUCUUGCGUAAAAACGGGUGUUGUGCGUGCGCAAAGGGGGAAAAACGGUUAUUUAGACGCGUGUAUAUAGACGAAAGCGAAUUGUUCCAGUUUUGUGUUUGGCGAUCACUUCCGCCACAGUUCGGCCGAGUUCGAAUAGACCCGCGCGAACGGUUAGCUAUAAUGUGAUAGUUUGUUUGAGACCGAAAAAAAUAAAUACAUCAUAAACAACAAUAUGUGUUAAACGGUAAUCAUUGGAUAGCGAAAUUGGACCGCGUUUGAAACAAAAACAAAUCUAAACGUUUAAAAAACCUUGUUUUUUUAGAAAUAAUUUUGGAAAUAGAUAUGUGACCUACGGUAAACCGUUUUUGCGCGUUAUUUUUUUUCAAAUGUAGGUAUUACUAUUUGUUUAUUAUCAGAUCCGUUGCUGCGUUACUAAGUCGAUUGCUAAUCUGUUUAUUUAUUUAUCAGUCGGAUUUGUUUCCGGGUAUCGGCAUCGGUAUUGUAUUUUAUGUACAAACGCUAUGAUAUAUAAAUAUACUUAUUUUAUAUUUACAUACACGUGUUCGCUAUUUGUAAUUUAAAAACAAAUCCAUCGGGUAAAUUUCGAAAAGAGAAUUGUCGACCGUGGCGGAAACGGUCGUCAACCCCCCAAACUAUGUUUUAUGUAUAUUUUAAUAGACCACGAUUUUUCGACAAUUCGGGACUUAAUUAUAAUAAAUAAAUUACUAUAACAAUUAUCAAGUAGGUAUUUAUUAUGUUUUCUAACACGUAUUAUUAUUGCAAUAUAAAUAUAUAUUGGGUAAAACGCCAAAACGACGCACAAAAAUAAACGCCGCCAGUAGGGGGCAAAUCGCCGCUGGGCAAAUUUGCGCGCGAUUCUUCUCUGUGGAAACGGCCAACUACGCUAGUCAAGAAGUCGUGCGCUCGGUCAGCAACAUAAUGUUUCAAGGCCGACACAGUCGGACGAACAAUUAUUUUUUGUAGCCCGCCGUCCGAUAUCCGCAUGGCACACACAAAAAAAAAUAAUUUUUUUUUUUUUUUUUCAAUCCUGAACAUUUACAAAGUCAUGCGCGGCGUAGUGCAACGUCGAGUAAAAAAAAUUAAAAAACCGCUAUAAAACAACAACAACAACAAGAUCUUACCUUUCGUGCUGGAAAUCGUAAUUUGGAAUCGAUAAAACGUCACCAAUUUAAGACCUAAGGUAUACUCACCGAGGGCAUUGAUCACGACAACGCGAUUAUCGCGACGGCAAUUUAUUAAUUUCAUAUAAUUAACGCUUUCGCCGGAAAGGAAAAUAAAAAUAAAUAAAUAAAGGAAUUACGUUAUAAACACAAAAUCCGUGAAACGAUGUUAGAAAUGAUAACGGAUUGGCCGAGAAAGAUUUUUAGAAACUGAUCGAUUAGACCGAUUGAGCUAAUCGUAAUAAUAAAUCUGUAUUAGAAAAACAAUUAUUAUUUGUAUAUUAAAGCAGUCUACCAAGGAACUGUAGUUACUAUUUACAUAAUAACAUUGCAUAUUGAAUAUCGUGUCUUUCGUUAAAAUGUAAACUUUUCUUAUUUUUUAAAAACAAAAAAAAUCAAAUGCUAUUAUGAGAACUAUAAAUUGCCAAGUGUCAUUUAGAAGAGAAAAAAAGCUUCUUGGGCACUUUCAGCUGCACUUUACUCUGACCAACGUUUUAAAAUGAAUAUAAUAUAUCGAUUAUAUAUAUAUAUUUUUUUUUUUUUUGAUUCUGGGCGAAACGAAAAAUAUAUUUAUUUUACUAUGGUGUGAUUUUUAUUUUAUUUUUUGUCUACAAACAACUUUUCUACCAGAAAUCUUGUUCCAAUUUAAAAUUGUACAGGAACAUUCUUGUAGUGUUUUUGAACAUUGAGAAAGCGAUUCUUUAAUUUUCCUUGUAGUUUUCUUAACAAUUGGGGAAAACUUUUUGUAUAUUUCUGUCGAUUUCUGGGUUGUUACAUUACAGCAAGAAAAAAAAUACGACUUAUAACACUCUGAUCAGAAUCAUUUUUCAUUAGCAUAGGUUUUUCGUUGCUUUAGAUAUAAAUUAAAUUAGGUGCUCUAUAUAAUGUACAUCCGACUUUUUUACCGUCCCUUUUAAAAAACAGUGGAAAAAACAUCCAUCGAUAGUCUCAGCAUUUUUUUUAUAAACGAAAAUCGAAAUUCGGUGGUCAAGUAUAUGGGCCACAUACUAUAACGUGCUUUUAGUAAAACAAAAUUAAUAACGCGUCGUCGUAUUACUGGUUACCGUUUCUAGGUUAAUUAUCUGAUUCUAUGCCGGUUUAAUUUCCGAUAUAACAUUGAGGUCAGCACUACGACAGAAUAAAUAUUGAUACGAGUCGCUACACCAAUAAUAAUUGGUAUAUGCUAAUAGUGUUGAAAAUGCUGUGCGUACACUACUAAUGCGGUAUUAUCGAUACUCUCAACGUUUCCAUAGGAAAAUUAUCGAGCAUAUUAAUUAACGAUUAAUGUGGUACACACAUACUCAUUACAACAGUCAGUGAUAAUGUUAGGAUAUAAUAUACAUAGAUAAACACUGACUGUACACUGACGCAAAAUUAAACCCGAUAAUUUUGGGUUCAGAGUACCUGUACGUCGGUAAUACAUUAUACUAAUAUACUAUAAUUGUUUUUAAUUCGACACGAUAAUUCAAUUACUAUUAUUAUUAUUACAGUAUUAUUACUAUAAUGAUUAUAUUAUUUCAUACAUAUUUCGUGGAUAUUUCGCUUCUUUAAAAUGUUGAAACACAUUUUUUGAUACGCCACGUAAUUUUUUCAGGUAAGAUGUCUCGAAAAUAUAGUAAUAUAGUAAAUACGAGAUUUAAAAUCGUUUUAAGUUAUUUGAUGCCGCUUCAUAUUCACUGUAUAUUGGUUCAUUUUUUACUGCUUUUUUUUAUUUUUUUAACGAACGGAAACGAAAUACAUCUGCGAAAGUCCGACGAACUUUCAACGAUAUUGUUUUGAAAUAAAUUGUCGAGGGAAUACUUAAUUGUCAGCUGAAUAAAUGAAAAUGAUGGAUUAGAUCAACACAUUGAGAUAUAUUAGGACGCACGUUCAGAAGAACGCCACAAUUUAAAUAUUUGAAAUAGAUUAUAACGCCAGGAGAACGGUGUGAAAACGGAGAUAACGUCGAAAAUAUGCAAAUAACGAAUAAAUGAUACUGUGGACAAGACUGGUUUUUAGAUUAAUUACCUUCUCCAGAGAACUAAAAAUAAGACGAUUAAACCCAUAGGAAAAAUGCCUUUAGGGAGACCAAUUUGAAGGUGAACAGACUGUGUUAAAAAGUCAUAAGACAGUGGAAUCGGAAACCGAGUAAAGGAAAGUUGGCGAAGAACAAGAAUAGUUUAAAAGUUGUUUUCUGUAAUUUACGGUAUGGUCGAAGAAUGUUUAGAGUAUGCUAGCUCAGUAAUGUGUCAAUUCGUCAAAGUAUGCGAGAAGGAAAGUAACAAAUGUGUUUGUAAAUUUUAUAAAAAAUAUAUUAUAUUUUACGCGAUUGGUAUUAUUUUUAAUUGAAAACUUUACAAACCGACCAAAAAUGGAUAUUUCGGUCGUCUUAUUGGAGUUGGAGAGAAUUGCCGAUAUGAUGAUCGGAAUGUUAAAAAUGAUUAACGAUAUUAUUGUCCGUGUAUAAAAGCAAUUUCGUGCUCUCAUUUAUAUAAUUAUUAAUACCAUUAAUACUCAGUGGCGCCGAAACUAUGGAUAAAGUGUAUAGCAAUUUAUUGCUAUGCACACGAUUCGGACAGUAGUGGUGAUUCGAAGGCACUCGGGUUGCAUCGUAAAGAUGAAGUUAUACGUACAAAGUAUCAAUACCAUCGUAAUAUCACCGAUUUAAUCUUUUAAAAGAGAAUUUUGUAUUGUUUUAUUUUAUCGACUAUACAAACAUAGUAAGUGUACUACGGAAAUCUAGGUAUGAAAUAUGAACUGUUACUGUUAAAAUAAGUUGGGAGGGUGGCCGAUGGGAUUUGUUAAGUUAGUAUACCGCACUAGAACAAUAAAGUCACUCCACCAUAGCUACAUGCGCAUUGUAGCACGUAUGCAAUUUAUCUAUAGGUAUUUUAUUAUCUAUACUUUAUUAUUCUAUAAUUCUUAGUUUUAUGCGUUCUUCAUAUUAUCUAAAAAAAAAAAAAACACAGUCCUUUUUUAUGUAGUUUUUUUUUUCUAUUAACUUCUAACAAAAUAUCAAUAUGACUUAACAAUUACAAGCAAAACAAAAAGAAUAAUUAAAACCUGUUCGUAUACCGACAUUAUACAUACCUACCCGUGUAUUACUAAUUGCGGUUUAAAAAAAAACAUAAAUUGUGCAAAAUAAGUUCCCGUUUUGAAGAAUAAAAUAUAUUAUAAGUACUUCUCCUUAUUGUAUUCGAUUGUAUUAUUUCUUAUACUAUACGAAGUAAUUUUCAAAACUUUAAAAAAUUAAACAUAAAAAAACGACUUUUCGUCAAAAAAUUUGGCUGAAUGUAUAACAUUUAUUAAUACAAAAAUAAUAUUAUAACUAGGACUUUUUCUUAUUUUUCUUCCGUAAUCUUUUUUAGGCUAAAUCAAUAUUAAAGUUGUCUACGGAUUGUCUAAUUCGUUAUGUUGGAGAUUAAUGUCAUUUACGAUAAUUCUACUAAAUCAAUAAAACAUGAAUUACUAUUACAUAAUCAUUCAAAUUAUUAAAAAAAAUAAUAACACACAUUACAAAUAUUUAUACCCGCUCCUUCAGCGCGCUGUCUAAAACAGAAGUUUAAUUUAUACAUAAGUAUACAUAUUAUACUGCAGUGAUGUAGCCAGAAUUUUGAAUUGUAUAAAAGCUAAUUACAAUUUUGCUUGACAAGUGGGCAUAGAUAAAGGAAGGGAAAGGGUUUUUACCCAUCCCCUCCCAACAAAAUUAAUAUGCAUUCAGCAUAAUACUUACAAACGAAAAUUUGUACAACGAAAAACUCAACAAUGAAAUAAGAAUAUAAUAAUUAUUAUACAUUAUGUAAUAUCUUGGCAUAACUUAUAACUAUACUUCCUCUCUCCGAUAAUUGCAUCCUAAUAUAAAAGAGAAUUUUGAGCAAAGGCAGUAAUUAUAUAAUUUUCAUUAAUAUCUUCGAAUCGGUGUAGAAAAUGUUUUAUCUGCAAGAGUGGAAUAAGGUAACUGAAAAGUAGUUAACACUCAAAUCGUAAAUUACAGUAUACAUACAUAAACCCAGUUCAUGGGGGGACUCUGUAGCCCCCUUGUUUCUCCCCUCGGUUACGCCUCUGUAUCUAUAUAAUAACAUUAAAGAUACAUGGAUUUUAUGUUCUCGUUUGCUUUUACGGUUUUUUUUUUUUUAUCCGGUCGAGGAUAAUAAUUUUUGUUUAGAAAAAGUUUCUCUUUUCUAUAUAUAAGUUUGUUACGUGUUAUUUUUCUGUAAUGCUCAGUUGUUUUUUUUUUUUCAACCAAAUGUAAAAAUCCUAUAAUCGAAUCGCCACGUCUAUAGAAUACUCGUCUCGUUCUUUAAGCUCAUAAGAAACGAAAAAAAAGUAUCCAUCGGAGGCGGGUGACGGUAUAAAAUAAAAAUAUGAACCAGGCAAAAUCUACUCCGAGUGGAUUAUACAAAAAUAUAUAUAUAUAUUAUAUUCUAUAGGUAAAGAAAUUGUACGACGAUUUGAUUUUCUUUACUUUUCUUCUAUCCACAUUUGUUAUGCUGAUACAUAGUACAUGGUGAUAAUUAUUUAUUAAUUUGAUACAAGUCGUAUUUUUGCGUUUUCCCAUAAACGUUUUACUCCUUUAAACGCGACCGGUUUACCACCUAUUAUACGCCAUUUUAUACCUGUACGUAAAAAUUAUUAACGUACCUACCGGUAAAAAAAAAAAUCCAUACCAAUUACCUAUAACGAUUUGAUAGUAAUUUAUUACCCUUUAGCACUAUUUGUUAGUUUUCCCGAUACAUUUCUAUCAAACUAUAUAGGUACUAUUAUAAUGAUUAUACCGCUUUUAAAUUAAACGGGGGGUCCUAUAUUUACCGCGGAAAGAAACUAUUUUAACUUCUCGCGAGAUCUAAAAUAAAUAUGUAUAAUAAAACAUAACUUAUACAAUAAAAAUAUCUCAAAUUAUAAUAUUAAGACCUCUCGACGAUGGAAAAACUUUUUUUUGUUCGAAAAACGCUACGAACCCAUUAGUUAUAAUGUUCAUCCGCAAUGAUUGACCAUAUACAUUUUUAAUAUUUAUAAGUAGAAAUAAUGCAGAAAAACCCGGACGGAACUUUCCUUAGCACGUUAAACUUUGAAACGAUUCUGAUGAAUGACCAAUAUAAAUAUAUUAUUAUCGUAUUAUAUGUCGCAAUUUUAUUUGUGCUUUAUCUACCAGACGGGAAAGUUUAAGAAAUUUCAAUAAAAUGUGUUAUAUUCUACUCGCUCGUGAUGUAAAUACCCAUAAUAAUUACUAUUGGUAACGGGUGCGUAUUUAAUGAGGUGGAUUUUCUGUGAAUUCCGUGUAAUCGACUUUACCAAUAUAAAUCCGUGGAAAAAAAUGUCGUCGAACGGUUUUCUUCCAUAGAAAUUUAAAUUUUUUUCAAUCAAGAAAAACAUAGUAAUGAUAAUAUGAUACCUAUACAUUAUUCCGCCGUAAUUUGUCAAGGAACAAAACAAAAUUAUCGUCAUUAAAUUCGAGUAAUAAUAAUAAUAAUAAUAAUCGUGUUAUCGUCAUCACUGUAAUAAUUUACCGUGUAAUACGUAACGUGUUAUUGAAUUAUUAUGUCGUCGUUUCGUUACGUUUUAUUUCGAAAAACAUGACAACGUUCGAAAAAUACAAUCUGAAUCGUCGUGUUAAGCAAAAAAAAACCGACAAAAUAUCGACUAAUAAAGUACUAACAUAACUUAAUAACUUAUAUGUUUCAACAUUACAAAUCCAAGAAUAAUAAUGUUCGCGCGAUCGAAUAGAGAGUACCAACUAACUAUUACGCGUUUCAAUUCACUUAAUAUUUACUAUAGUGUUGUAGUAUAACUACUAUACCGUUUUUUAAUACGUUCUAAAAUAAUAACUAUAUUGUGAUAAAAAAUUAUUAUUCUUUCUAUACUUUUAAAAAUGUAUGGGUUUUACUACUAUUGUGUGUGUAGCACCUUUUCUGAAAAAAAAUUUUCCUGAAGUGGUACUUUAAGGGGUAAUUUUUUAAUUUUCCCAUGGGUUAUCAUAAUAAAUGGGAAAAACCGGGUAUAAAUGGGAAGAUGUACAAAACGUAUUAUUUUUAAAUCGUAAAUAUUACGUCCUUUCAAAACAUGUAUAUAACCGAAGUCAGCUUUGAAUCGUUUUUCGUUAGCAAUGAUUAAUUAUUGCGUACAUUAAAUUUCCCCUCUAUACCUUUCCAACUUCUCAUCUACUACAGUGGUCCGCCCAUCGUGAGAAACAAGUUGAUUUGUUUUUGUUUUGAGUGUAUAUGUCAUGUAAACGACUUUUCUAUCAGAAAUCAAUCGCCCCCGACCAAUAACUUUGUAGGAACUUUCUUGUAACAUUUUCAAUCAGUCGACGCACUUAUUGAGAUGGUAAUUUUUCAAUUUUUUUUUUUUUUUUUUUGUAAUAUUUCUAACUAAAUGGAUAUGGGAAAACCUGGCAGUCGAUUUUUGUCAAGGAGGUAAUACAAGAAUAAGACCGGUUUUGCUCAGAACCGUUUUUUGUUAACAAAUCGAUUUAUCUCCAUGCGCAUAAUAUUAUUCUACGUAUAUACCUAUGUUUAUCAUUAAACACUCCCCUUCCGACUUCCCUCCUCUUAAAUCAGUGGCGUACUACAGUCUGCAGUAUCAUUCUACUUUUUUUUUGUCUUUUUUUUUUUUUUUUUUUUUUUUUGUCUAUGAUUACACGAUGGAAUCGUAUAAUAUAUAUGGCGGUGUUAUUAUAUUGUGCAGUUUAUCGACGCGAAUAAAAAUCGAUUUAAUGUUUCAGAUGCGACGUGUACGCGCGCGCGCCUUAGGGUUCCCGGUAAAGACUGCAUAAUAUUAAUAAUUAUAAUAUUAAUUUUGUUUUUUAUUAUUAUUAUUAUUAUCGUGAUAAAACGAAAAAGUGCCCGCGCAGAAGAAUGCAAUUCGUCCGAACGAAAAAUUAAUAACGCGUUACGUGUAUAUAAUAUUAUGUAUACUAUAGAGUAUUGGUAUAUAGGCUUUGGUUACAUUGAAAAAGAAAAAAAAACCUUUCAAAAACUAUUUUAUAUAAUAUACAAUACGAAAAUGGAUUAUUCGCUAACGUUUUGAUUUUUUUUUUUCCGAGAUAUUUUUUCUUUUUCUUUUUUUUUUUCUUUUCGUUAUUCAAAACGCGACGGGUUGUUUAAAUACAUUGUGCAUGUACUAAUGUUUUUUAACAUUGUGCACGAUAAUAAUAUGCAAUCGACCGAUUUUUCCGUUUUUGCCGACAUGCGAAAAUCGCAUCUUAAUGCGUGGAUCGUGUUUCGUGUGUACAAAAAUAAUAAUAAACGAACGCGCGUAGGCAGCCAUGAUACUGGUGAUGUAUAAUACUGUUUUAAUAAUAUUAUUAUUGUACGCUCGUGGGUUUGAACUCGCCGCGACCACGAUGAUCGUUUUCAAUUAUCGCUCGCGAGAGACGAUAUCCCGAAGGUUUGUGGGAUUGUUAUUUUUAUCACGAACCGGAGGCGGUUAUCCGGCGUACACGAUGAAGACGUCGUCGGGUUUUCCUUUUUUUCCUGACGUUCUGACAAUACGGUGAUGACGUAUAUGGAACGUCGUCGAAUAAUGCUACGAUUCCCGAACCGCGUUGUCCUAUUGGGCGAUUCCGAGGGUCCCGCAGUUUACGGAGGAAGGGGGGAGGGGCAAUUUACAACCGAUCGCAAUUUGUUUUUGUCGAUUUUCACAGCAAUUGUCUACACGCGUCGCACGUUUUUUCAGUUUUAUAUAAUUCAAUUUUUCGUAAAAUUUUUCUCGUUCUCCUACUCCCCCCCCACCACCAUCUCCUAUGUAUUUAACGCAAUGUUACUUAAAUCGGUUUUUAACCACGGGGACCGCGGUGUUAAUUUUCGAUUCGCGUCGGUCGCGAUACAUUGGAAACCGCACGCCGUGACCGAAUUCGAAAAGGGCGUCCACUGUCCUCACUACCUAAAAAGUUUUGGCAACCGCCGCCGGUCUAAUCGUCUUACAAUAUUUUCGGAAUGUUACCCUGGGGCGGUAUAAAAUACACGAGCAGUUUUUCCAUUUUCAAGGAUAUUAUUUCGUUAAGAAAAGCAUAUUUUUUUGCAAUUUGUUAGAUCAUUUUUCGAUAGUUUUCAGCGCAAUCCGGAUCCUAAUUAUAAUAACAAUCAAUAUUUCAUGUCCAUUCGCGGUUUACGGAAUAUGCGUAAAAUUUAAAAAAUAAUAUACUAAAUCAUUAUACAAAUAUUAUAUGGACCGCUGCAGUAAUAUUUUGUCAAAUUUACUCGACAUUUUCGUGCCGGAUAAUCAUGCUGAUUCACGCAUAUAUUAUAUAUAUAUAUAUAUAUAUAUAGGUACCUCUGUAUAUAGAAACGCGUGUUAAAAUAUAAUAAUAAUAAUCGCCCUGUACACCCGAUAUAAUAAUAUUAUAUAUUGUCGUGUGUACGUUAUUAACAAUAAAAUAUAAUAUUACACAUCUAUAUAAGUGACAACGAGUAAAAAAAAAAAAAAACGCAUUUCUUCGGCAUUGAAAUUUUCGUAGACCGUCGUCGUCGUCGCCAUGCGUUUUCUUUAUUAUUUAUCCGUAUAAACGUCUUCGUCGUCUUCGUCGUCGUCGUCGUCGUCGUCGGGCCAGGUCACUGACAUAUAUUAUUCGCGUAUAUACGCCUACCUACCUACCUAUCUAUACCUACUACUACUACUACUACUACUACUACUACUACUACUGCUACUACUACUACUAUUACUACCACUACUACACGGUACGUAUAUUAUAUAAUAUAAUACGAUAUAUUAUUAUGGUAGUGUGUCGUAGAGUAUGUCUAAUAAUGCACUCGGCUGUAGAAGAAAACUUUUUCAGCGAGCGUAGCUCGUGUAGUGUGUUUGCGAGUAUUUUUUUUUUUUUGGUGUUUGUGUGUUUGCACGCGCGCGUUCGCUAAUCAAUAUAACAUAAUAUUAUAAUAUAUUAUAACGAGAGAAUGAGAGACGGACCGCGGUUUCACACGAGUAUAAUAUAAAUUACUUACACGACGAAAUUUACUAACAAGGAUGGCAUUGUCAUGCAUGGUCGUCUGCAGCGGGUCCCGUCCGCAUAAUAUAUCGACAAACGCCCAGCGGCUGGUACCCCAGUAUGUAAACGCAUUGUGCGCCGCGAAAAACCGCUCGCGUUCCUACAAUACGCGAAGUCUCGACGUGUUACAAUAACAAUAAUAAUUAUUAGCGCUAGGAACAAACGAGGAAGUAUAAUAUUCUGUAUACAUAUAUAUAUAAAAGCAAAUAUCAAAAGCGUUUCGUCAGGAGUACUAAAAGAUAUGGCCAGUAGCGGAUAUAUCCUAGUUCUGAAGGGGAGGGACGAUUUUCAAAUCCACAGAGGUUAUGAGGUUUAUUGCCUCCAGUGAUUAUUCAAGACAUUUAUCCCGUGGGUGGGGGGGGGGUAUCGUAAAUGUACAAAAUUUCCUCUAUACCUACAUAAAUUCUUAAGUAUUAAGUUGUAAAUAAUAAUAUAUAGCGGUGACAAUAAUUUCAAGGGAGGAGGGCGAUCCACCAAACACCCCCCUCCCCGAUAUCCGCCACUUGAUAUGGCGGAAAACGGGCGGGUUGGAUAUGUAACCUGGCGACGACGCGAAAAGAUCUGAGGGUGGAGACUGCAGUCUUGACAAAUGUGCUCAAGGAUGGAAUAUACCUAUAGAGAAUGAAAAUUUGAAAAGUAAUACAUUAAACUGUGGAAACAGUGAAGCGGUUCUAAAUGGUGGGCUGUGAAAACUACAAAAGAAGAAGAGGGAUUUCUGUACGCAUUUAAUGUCCCUCCCGUUGGGCCGUAUUUAUUGGUUGCACUCAAUUGUGUCGUCUGUACGGUACAACUCGUUCUAAAUUCGAAUAAAACCAUAUGGUUUUAAAUAAAAUGCAUGUAAUUUAAAGGUUUUUGAGGAUUUGUUAGAAAAAUAAACCUACCCAAUGUAAAAUAUUCGUAUUUAUUUAACGAACGUGCAUACAAAUUCUACAUUCAUUCGCGAACAUUCCGCGUGAAAACGAUUUCAAAUAGAGAAUAAACAUUUUUCGAAACCGAUAAUAAAAUACAUUGUUGUAUUGGCUAUUAAUUAUUGCGAUCGAGUUGUGCGUAUGAAAACCAAUCCUUAGCAAUUAGCAUUACUAUACAACGUAGAAAAUAUCUAUACAUUUACCAUAAGAAACCACGUCGUCGGGUAGGUCAAAAAAUGAUUGAAUGCUGCUCGAAACGGAAAUUGAACAAACGACGAGUACUUAUAUUUUACGGGUAAAACCGUUUAGGAAAACAUAAAUUUUGCAAUUUAUAUUAAGCAAAAAAGACGUUUCGUCCCGCCGAAUAUAAUAUGCAUUUCACGCACUCGAAUGUUACUUGUAAAAUAAUAUUUUUACACACAUUUUGUCGCCGCGUAUAUUUUCUUCGUUACCCAUAGCUAUAUCUUUGAAAUAUUACUUAUAUAAUAUUGUAUUUCCGUAUUAUACCGUAGUCGUCGUAUCAUUACAGUAUUAUACUGUCCAUUCGUCGCGGUUAAUUUUUCCGUUUUCGAAUAUAUUAUUAUCAUAAUAUACACCGUUAAUCAUUAUUAAGUGUAUCGUCUUAAGAGAGGACGUGCUAUCGGCAUUUACCGUCUCCGUCAACUAACCGUAUAACAGUCGGACUGAGAAUAAAAACACCUACCAUAAAAUCAUUAUAGUUCAUUGAAAUAUUAUAUUUAUCAGACUUUUUGACCCGUUUUAGUAGUUCUACUAAAUUUCCUAACGACGUAGGUGUGUAAUCGUGCACAAGUCAUUUUGAAAUUAAAUUUGCAUUUAAUGAUACAUUCAACUGUUACGAUUUUAAGACAAUCGUAGCGUUCUUUGGUUUACUGGGUUACCUGGCUAACAUUAUCAGUGAAAAUAUUCUUUCAACAUUUGCGUUAUGACCAGUCCACCAUGAAAUUAAAUUGUAUUUAAAUGAAAAUAGCUUUAAAAACAUAAUUUAUAAACUAUGCCAUUUCAUUUAUACUUAACCAGGACUUUCGGAGGGAUCUAAAAGAAUGACCGGGACCGAAGUUAUAAACCGGUGACAUGUCCGGUGUACCGGAACGUAUGGCAACCCUAAAUUAAGGGGAGACAUAAUGAAAUUAGGUAACUCAAAAAAUUUAAUUUGUAACGUUUAGACUGAAAUCAAAAUGAAACCACGCGUAGCUUUUUUUUUUUCUAGAAUAUCGUCAAACGAAGAGUCAGACAGCUAUUUUGGUUUUUACCUUUUUGCACAAAUGGCUUUUGCUAUUGUUUUUAACUAUUCUUUGUUUGCUAAUAUUUUACAUAUAAUACGCAUUUCCCUCUUCGAAAAUAUUGUUACCAGCGUUUAAACUGGUUAAAUUUCUACCUAAACGCCACCAUUUUAACUCCAAAAUCUACGUAACUUCACUUUGUCGCCCAUUGUAAUUGGACCGAGACACGAGCAUGUGGGUAUCACGUCCUCUCAACUAAUAUUAUUGCUCCAGCAUAUUAAAAUACAGUCGGCAUUUUACUGUUUAUCGUCGUCUUUAAUAAUAUAGUGUAAUAAUAUUAUUAUUCGCACGACCCACGUCGCAUGAUCCCAUAAUUUUAACCUCUUUUUAAUUUAUAUCUAUUAUUAACUCGUACAAACACGCGCGCACGGCUCACACUAUCUAAAAAAUUGUUAUUUUCAUUCGGUGUCAUAACUAGACAAUAUUAUUAUGUAGCUAUAAAGACGACGACGUGUGUCUUAUAAUUAUUUUAUCGUCGCUUUUUUUUUUUUUUUUUGUCCGUAUGACACGACUGAAAUAUUGUGUUAUUAGAUAGCGCGUAUAUAGUUUUAUUAUAUAAUAACAUAAUGUACAACGCGUAUCUGAGUGAUCUGACAAAUCUGCAUAAUACGGGCAUUGCGUGUGAAGGUAUAUAUUUGUCAAAAUAGCGUCCAAGUAUAUUGUAGUUAUUUACUCACUAAAUAAAUAUUAAGAAACCGGCUAAUUAUAUUAUUUUGUACCACAAAUGCACGGUCGCAGUAUACUAAAUCAUGAGUAGGUCCGUACAAAUACAUUAUAUAGGUAUCAGUUGUAUAAUUAUAUUUUAUUACCGACGGGGGCGUGCUCGCGGAGGGGGGGAUGAGGGUGUCAUAGCUCCCUCUCGACCUUGUUUGAAGGAGUACUUAGGUACCACAAUAUUGAACCAAUUUCAACCUGAAAAUAAUAUAUUUAAUGAUACGAAUACCUAUCUAACUAUACAGUUGUAUUCGGGUCCUAUUAAUACUCUAUAAUAGAAUUAUUAUGCAAUCAAAGUGCAAACGGACAGGACACCAAUCUAAUUUUUCGACUGGAUAUUGAUUUCACCGUCCGUAUUAAUCGUAAUAUACGUUAUUUAUUAUAAGGGAAAAAAAACACAUAUCAUGUUGUAAGACUACAAAGAUUCUAUUUAUGAUACGCUCAAACACUAAUAACUAAUAAGGUAUAAUAACUAUAACCGAACUGUAACUUUUUUUUUUUUUUUUUUUAUAAUAAUAUAUUAUUUACUAAUUAAAUAUUACUGCUAUAUUUCAAAGAGUAAAAUUUGGUCCAAGUUUUCGGAUAAAAUUAUCCGAAUUCAUGCGAUGUCUUAUCCACAGAUAUAUAAAACAGUCGUUUCUGGGCUAUAAUAAUAUAAGUACAGAAACAAUUUGCAAUUAAUUUCGAAUCGACUUCGUUAUAAUAUUGUCCGUAGAGUUACUCUGUGUUACCUAUUAUUAUCACAUAGUUUACGGCAUAAACAAAUAUUGAAUCGGUUAAUCAAUGAGAUUUGCCCUAUUUCAUAUUUACUCAUAGAGUCGACGUAUUCAAUAUUGUUGUUUUAUAUAAUAAUAUUAUCUGCGGUAUUAUCUUAAUGGUAUUAGCUAUAAUAUUAUGUACCUAAUAUUAUUAUACACUCGCAUUAUUCUACUAAUAAUUGUUUUUUUUUUUUGUUACACUUUCGAAUUGUCGCAUUUGAAUUCGACUAAACCGCCACUAAUACGAAAAAUCGCUAGAGUUAAACUCGCAAGAUUUUCAUAUUUGUAUUAAUUAGUUCUGAGGUGAUGGAUGAUCUUUUCUAUUGUUUUUCACCGUCCAGUACUACAAUAAUAUUAUUGUAUUGCAUAUGUUAUAGGUAUUGUUUGAUGAUUUUAACAUUAAAAUAGUCCAAUAACGGACAUUUCGGUGACGGCCAAAAUUUCUAUUAUUAUUAUUAUUUUAAAUGGAAUCUGAAAUUUUUCCUAGCUUCCAACAUGGAUGCGUAAUAUAAUUCUACAUUUUUUCGCCAAGUGCAAUAUCCUUCAACGAAUAUGCGUCAGUUACAGUAUAAUAGUUAAUUUUGAAAUUAUCAUUAAAAAACAAUACGUAGGUAGAUACCUAACCUAUUCGAAUCGUUCGAUAAUAAUAUAAUAGACCGUCUUAUGUAACAAAACAAAACAAAAAAAACUAUUCUGCUCUCAACGUUAUUUCGAUAUCAUUUUUAAUCGAUUUUACUCACCGCCAGUUAGUUUGUAUAGUAUACAGACCUAAGUCUAUGUAAUUUUUCAUUCAUCGUGACUAGUCAUAUGUCUUUUUUUCUUUUUUUUUUCAUCCGUCUAUUGUAAAUUAGUUGCACUCACAAUUUUAGUCCAAAUAUACGCAAGACGAGACCCCACGCGAGAUUUCAAGACCGACGUCAUCUGUUAUGAAAAACAAAAAAAAAACAUCUUACGUAUUACGUACAUCAAAACUGUAUAUAAAAUAUAAUCGCAUUUCAAGCGAAAAUGAGUAGUACGCGUUAAAAACGCGUUUUUUUCCCUCCCCAAUUCGUAAUGGUUGAAUUAUGUACGAGAUUUAUAUGGUAUUGAAUUAAAAUAAAUAUAAUAUUAUUCCGAUUUUACCGCCGAGUAUAAUAAAACAAAAAUAAUUUAAUAGGAAUGUUUUUAAAAAAAAAAAAAAAAAACAAAUAUUGUCUACAAGGUUUUUCAGCGACAACAAAAUUAUAUUCAUAUAUAACAGAUAACGUUUUAUACAAACACUGAAAUUCGGUGCAAAUUCGAUUAACUCGUGUACCUACCGCAAUGUUCUAUAUCAGACAGCCAAGUAUUACGUCGUCAACGUCUUAUAAUCCUAAUUCCUAAAAAAAUACACAAUUCAACGUUUAGAUUUACUUAUAUUUUUUUUUUCUUUUGUUCACGUGACGCAUUUUAAAGUGUAGUAAAAAAAAAAAGCUAUAGUUAUUAUUCAUACCUACAUAAUAAUAUUCCACUACGAUUACUGCGAUUAUAAAGAAUGACUAAAAAAUGUGCGCAUAUACCGCCGUCAUAUUAAUUUUGUAAUAAUAAACGAUAGCUUUACUCAAAAUAAAUGAGGCGACACGACUCGAAAAAGUGGGCCCCCGCGAAAAUAUUAUAACUUUGAAAACCGUAUGGACGGGUUAGCCUAUCUAUUAUCUAAAUGAAAUACCUACGAGGUAAAGAAAAAUUGAUUAUAAAAUAAUAAAAAAAAUAGUGGAAAAUAAUAAAGACCAUUAAGUUUUCAAUCGCGAAUAAUAAAAGCAAUGUAUAUUAUACAAAGAAUACAUCGACAUUCAUCAAUGCCAACAAAUAAACCCCAUUCAUCAUUCACCAUCAACCGUGCAUUGGCGACGGCGGUGACGUCGUGGACAAAAACAAUUAUAUAGUCAUACCAAUAGAUAAAAAAAAAAAAUCAAUGUAAAACUAUCGAAAUAAAAUUCCAUUUAAAAUCAUCGCCUUUUGUUAAAUAAAAUAUCUUUGGUCCCGGCGAAAAAGGGCUUAAGUCAAUUGUUGGCAUUUCUUAUAUAUAUAAUUUUGUAUUUUGUAUAAUCUUUGAUAAUAAUAAUAACAUUUAUUUGUCAAAAUAAUGACAAUGCGCAUAAAUUAUCUCAUAAGAUAUAUCGACACCUCCCCGAUGAUAAGCAUAGCUUGUGAUAGGGGAUGGUGACUUCAAAACUAGUUCGUAUAAACAAAAAAAAAUCACAAGUACUUUAAUUAAUAAUACAUUAAAAAAUAUAAACAAAGAAAAAAAAGAGUAAAACUAUCAUAUUAUUAAAAUUCAAAGACGGAAAAAACUAGAUAAUUGUGUUUUGCACAAUGGUUUAAGGUGCUUUAUAUUUUAAUAUCAAAUUUUCUGUACAAACCAGUUCAAACAAAAAUAACACUUUUCUAACCAAUGACAGUUUUAAAACUAAUUGAAUUAAGAUUAACUGAUUAUUUAGAUCUUCUGUUAUGCUCGUGUUUAAUGGUAAAGCUGAUAGUGUCCAUUUUUAAUAAACGGGUAAAAAUAUUAUUUAAAUACAGUCCGGAAUCAGUCUUUUAUUGAAUACUAUUCAAAAUCAACUCCAACCAGUGAACUCUAAACUAUGGAUUAUAUAGAUUAUACAAAAGUUAUUGCUUUCAAAAAUAAUUAAUUGUUUAACGCAUAAAUAAUCUAAAAUUUUCAGGGAAGAAAAGCGGAGAGAAUCGAUGAAUGUAUUGAUUGUACUAUAAUAUAUUUUUAUUUUUUUUCUGUCGGUGAACAAAUUUUCUAUCGAAAAUGUUACUCCAUUCAAAAAUAAGUUAGCAGUGGUCUAUCAGUGUUUACAAAUAUAAAUUUAAAUAACCUUAUGUGUCUCAUCUUCUCGAAUUCCCACCUACAACAGUGGCAAUGCAUCUAUUCCCAAUAUAGCCUUUUCUUUUCUUUUUUUUUUUUGCUUAGUAAUUUUUUCGAGAAGCGCCCUCCUCAAAAUUAAACUCUGGAUCCGCCACCGACUCGAACCUUUCUUCCCUAGGACCAUAGAUGUAUUUACAGCACGAUAUUAUUAGCUUGAUUGUACGCGCACAGAUUUUAAGGUAUUUUAUCUCAAACGCGUAUCGCUCGGCUUAAAAAUGCGAAAUUUUUCCAAUGUAAAAUUGUUUAUCUUUAAACGGCCGUUUGUCCAGUCUGCCCAUGCGCGUUUCCGUUCGAAAUUCCGAAUUCCGUUUCGACGCGUGAUCGCAAUGUAAACUGUAAACAAACAAACAAACAAACAACCGUUUUAAAGCCAUCACCAUAUUAUUCGUUUACAUUAUCGAUACGAACUGAACCUAUAUGCAUAGAUAAUACAUAAUUAUGUAUUGCUGCCUAUGUAUUAUCUACGGCCCGCCGUCAACUCCUUUUUCUGUACAUCAAUAAUACAAUAUGUUAUGUGUAGAGAAAUUUUACGUGAUCGGGUAACUGCGUAUAAUAUUAGGGCGGAAAACAGAAAUAUAUUAUCCGGUGAUAUUAUUAUUAUUAUUAUUUUUUUUUUUUAUUAUUAUUUAGAUAGACUAUUUACGAUCUUAAAUUAAAUUGUAUUAUAAAGGUGUAUAAUAUUUUGAAGUGACAAAACGGUCAACCGAUAAUGGGGUGCACGCAAGCGGGAAAUUAACGCCGAAAUACAUUAGUUCGUUACUUAUAUAUAUGUAAGAGGAGGGGGAGAAAAAACCAAAAGGGGAAACAACCAAAACCUACAUCAGAACCCAUAUCAAGUAUUUUUUUUUUAUUUUUUUUUCUGUAUCAUGGUAUAUUUCACAAUACAUUAAUUGAUUCGGGACGUAAAAUCGUUUUGUAGAUCGUCUUGUAUAUUGUAUUUAAAAACGGGAUCGUUCGUUUUAUAUUUUUUUCGUUUAAACGUUAGUUUAUCAUACUCGUAUUAUAGUCGAAUUCGGUAAAUCGAGUUUCGUUUUAGGUCGCAAGUAUCGAAAUUGAAAGCGGUAAAUUGUGUUCCGGAUAAAAAUGAAAUGCUCCAGCCGGCUUUAAUUACCCUAUAGUUGGCACCACGAGAAGUUUAGGCUGGCAUAUUGUUUAUCAGUAGUAAAUACUUUAGCGGUUCAAACCUUAAUAAAGUCUAGUCUAGCAAUUAUAUUAUUCUUGUACUUUAUCAUUAAAUACGUUCUCCGUGUUCCGUUACUUUCUUGUUUGAAAGUUCGCUGAUUUUAUUCGAUUUCUUCGAGUUCAUUAAAAUUAAUAACAAAUUAUAUUUCGAUUCUAGAUAGUAUAAAAUAAACUUUUGAGCUUCACGUGACUCUCGACUGUUGUACAAUAUUUUAGAAUGUCAAAAAUUAAGAUUAAAUAUUAAGCCGAAACAAGAGAAUCUGAUGCACCUUGUACAUUAAAUUAAUCCAAGUAUAAUAUGUGGGACUCGAUAUACUUUCAUUUUUAGUUAUAGCGAUCAAUUUGACGCUUUUGGAAAACGAUAAAUAUUCAUUUUCGGCACUCAAUUUGCCCACGGAAAGUAAAUAAUAAAUUAAUUAAAAUAAAAAAAAAAACGCGUCGAAAUAAAUUUCAAUAUUAUAUUUUCACGUAGGUAAGCACAUAAAUUAUUAUAUCGUUCGCAUAUAAUUUAUCUAAUUUAUUCGCGUCUUAUUUAAUUUUUUCAUUUUUCUUUAUUACUUUUUUUAUACAGUUACUACCUCUUACUUUAUAUUAUUUUAAUAAACCCCAAACCCGAUUAAAUUCCCGAUGUUAUUCUUUUUUUCUUUUUCUUUUUUUUUCUUCUUUUUUACAUAAUAAUAUUGAACGCAAAUUAACUACUCAAUUAUCAUAGGUACCCUACCUAUUAUUAUUAUUAUUAUGAUGACAUAACAGAACACAUUGCGAAAAUUAUUAAUAAUGGCGUAAAACAAUAGUUUGAAGAGUAUAUGAACAUUCAAAUUUUAUUUUGCAAUUUUUAAUAAAGUAGAUAAUGUGACUAUUAUACUAUUAUAAUAUAAACGUAGGUAGCCUAUUAUGUUACAGUGCAACUUUACUAUUCCAGUAUUGUUUUUAGCUGAUACGAAAUAGAAAUGUUAAACUUUUUAUGAUACGAAAAUUGAUAAAAAAAAAAAAAUCGUAUGGUUCAUUUAAAUGCAGCGUCUGAGACACAUUUUGCGUAGCUGUAAAAAUGCCCUGGAUGAAAUUUAAAUCUAUUAUAAUAUGGCUUGAUAAUCGUGUAGAACCUGUGUGAUUUAAAUAUAAUUACAGUACAAAUUUGAACAUAAAAAGUUGCACAUAGUAUGUCUUUCGAAAAUUAAAUCAUAGUUUAAAAAUAAAUGUAUCUAUUAAAAAUUAGGCAGUAUUUAUAAAAGAUUUUAAUUUCGAAUGUUGGUAUAGGAAUUAGUAUGGAACAGAAACGUCCGAUGAUUCCGACGAGACGUUAGAAUUUCGUCUGAAUAUUAUGCCUGUUAAUGUAUAAUGUAUUGUUGUACCUUGUGCUCGUCUUACACUUAAACAUUUAUAGGCUAAAUCGCUAUUGCAACUUGUCUAAAAUAAAAUGUUCACUCAAUAAAAGGGUGUAGAGUAGCUACGUUUUAAAAUUGGAUUGAGUUUAUUUAGAGGCCCUGUUACACUUGUCUGGCUUCGGAAUUAAACGAAACCACACAAAUUUUUAAAGGGACACUGCAGGUAUGACGUAAUGUUAAACCUAACUCAACCGGAAACAAAAACUCGCGCGAAGAAAAAAAUAUAUAGACACGUAUUUUAGCCUGUUUUUGUUAUCUAAUAAUUUAUGAUUUAUUAUUAUUAUUUGAAUAAUGAAUUGUAUUUUAUAAACUUCGUCAUUGUUAUUGUAGUAGGUUAUAUAUAUGAUUGUAAAAUUGCAUUAAAGGCUUUUAGAACGAAAAUGUAUACAAGUAAUUUAAUUAAAAUUUUAUUUGCGGUUUGUUUUAGUUUUAUAAAAUGCCCAUUCAAGUAUCACACGCAACGAGAUGACGCAGAGAGAAGAUGUGCUUAAGUUUGAACAGGGGCGUAUUAAAGCCCUCCAGGAAGAGAGGCUACACAUACAAAAGAAGACGUUUACCAAAUGGAUGAAUUCAUUCCUACAAAAAGUUAGUAUAACGAAUUACGGAAUAUUACUCAAUCCACUAUGUAUCUAUAUUAAUUUACGGAUAUAUGAAUAUUAUAGGUGAGGAUGGAGGUGGAAGAUCUGUUCCUGGACUUGGCAGACGGGAAAAAGCUUCUCAAAUUGUUAGAAAUAAUUUCCGGCGAAAAACUAGGCAAACCGAAUACCGGACGAAUGCGAGUACACAAAGUAGAAAAUGUCAACAAAAGUUUAGCAUUUCUUCAUACAAAGGUAUUAUUACAAAAAAUAUUAAAUUAAACUCUGAUACAUUAUACUAUCAUUGAUUAUUAUUUGCUCUUAUUUAUAUUUUUGCAUUUAAUUAGAAUCACGUAAUUUUAUCAUUAACAAAAUAAUAUGUUUAACAAUUGUAUCAAAUAGGUAAGAUUAGAGAGUAUCGGGGCCGAAGAUAUUGUAGACGGAAAUCCUCGAUUAAUUUUAGGAUUAAUAUGGACAAUUAUCUUAAGAUUUCAAAUUCAAGAAAUUGAAAUUGAUGUGGUGAGUUAUAGAGUGUAUACAUUUAUAUUAUUAUACUUUAUAUAUUACUAUAUAUUAAAAUUAUUUAUUUUAAACCAAUAAAAAGGAUGAAGAAAAUGAAAGUAGUGAAAAAAAAUCUGCCAAAGACGCUUUACUUUUAUGGUGUCAACGAAAAACGAAUGGCUACAAGGGUGUUAACAUACAAGAUUUUACAGGUAAACAUUUAUAAAAUGUUCUAAAAAUGAAAUAAACAUAUUUAAAUUGUCUACAUUUGUAUAGGUUCGUGGAGAAAUGGUUUAGCUUUCAAUGCGUUAAUUCAUUCUCAUAGACCCGAUCUACUUGAUUUUCCAUCACUGGAGAAAAAUACAAAUAUUGAAAAUCUCAACAUAGCAUUUGACGUAGCCAAUAAUGAAUUAGGGAUUCCCAGAUUACUUGAUGCUGAAGGUAAAAAGUAAAUUAAUAUACAAAUAGGUUAAAAACUAAACACGUUUGUUAAACAAAAAUAGAUGUAGACACAAACAGACCCGAUGAAAAAUCAGUUAUAACAUAUGUGGCUUCAUACUACCAUACAUUUGCAAGGAUGAAAAAUGAAAUGAAAAGUGGUCGACGAAUAGCAAAUGUAAAUUUGAAAUAAUAUUGGAAUUAUAUAUAUAUAUAUAUACUGCAUGAUUUGGUAUUAUAUUUUUAGAUACUUGGUCAACUUAUGGACACAGAUAAGAAAAAAAUUAUUUAUGAACAAUUAACAUCAGAUUUGUUAGAGUGGAUACGAAUGAAAAUUAAAGAGCUCGAAAAUCAUAAUUUUCCAAAUUCUUUAGAAGGCAUUCAACGUGAAUUAUUAGGAUUUAAAAAAUACCGAACUGUUGAAAAACCUCCGAAGUAUGUCAAACAUGACCUCCACAGUAUGGUAUAAAUUACAUUUUAACAUGAUAUAAAUCCUUGUUUGGUGUUCAGGUAUAUAGAACGAAGUGAAAUUGAAGCUCUUUACUUCCAUAUAAAUACCCUUCUCAAAUCACUUAACCAAAGCAUGUUCAUACCCCAAGACGGACAACUAAUACACGAUGUUGAACGUAACUGGGAAGCCUUAGACAGGGCGGAACAUAAACGUGAAGUUGCUUUACGAGAGGAACUAUUGAGACAAGAACGUUUAGAACAACUUAACUACAAAUUUGAAAAAAAAGUAUACAAAACAUUACAUAAUAUAUUUUUAUAAAACUAUACCAAACACCAAUUAAAAAUAUAUUGAAGUCUAGUAUAAGGGGAAUGGUAUUAAGAACGGACACUAUUUCUUUAACUAUUUAAUGGAAAAUAACAUAUAUGCUAAUUAUAAUUUUCUCGUGUAAUUUUUUUUCUACACAUAAUUAUUCUUAAUAAUAGCAAUUCAAUAAAACUAAAAAUAAGUAAUUUUUAAUAACAAAAUGUAGUAAAAAUUGAAUACUUACCUACGGCUUAUAUAUUAAUUAAUAGAUAAUACAAGGAAUAGAAUAAUUAAAAACCAUAAUUAAAAUACAUAAAUUCAAUAAAAAAAAAAAAAUAUGUUAGCAACCCAAUAGUCUUGAUUUACAAACUGUUCACUUGAAUAGACUUACUUUAUUCAUUAUUUUUUUUAAUUUAGAGUGUUCUUCGAGAUGGUUACCUAAAAGAAAUGAUCCUAGUACUAAAUGAUCCGAGAUUUGGUAACAGUUUAACACAAGUUGAUGCAACGGUAAAGAAACACGAGGCUAUAAGUGCAGACAUCAUGGCAAGAGAAGAACGGUUUCAUGAUUUGAAUGCAAUGAGCGAAGAGUUGAUAAAAGAAAACUAUCAUGGUGCUCAAAGAGUAAAAAAAAGAGAAGAAGAAGUUUUACAGAGAUGGAAAGAUCUCUUAAAACUUUUAGAAAGUCGUAAAAUAAAUUUAAAUAACAUAAGUACUAUGUUUUCUAUGCUUAGAGAGAUAGAAACAGUCAUGUCUACUAUACAGGUAAUAUAUAUUUUUCUUCAAACGGCAUAGAUAUUAAUAACAUUAAUAACAUUACUGAUUGUAUAGGAAAUUGAAGUUACUUACAAAUCUGAAGAUGUUGGACUGCAUUUACUCGUUGUAGAAGAUUUGUUACAAAAACAAAAUUUGACCGAAAUGCAAACUACAGCCAUUGGUGAAACUGUUCGUAGAUUAAAUAGACAAGGUCAACAAUAUGUACAGUCUAAACAUAAGGAUAGUGCAUUGGUAAAUGAAAGUCUAAAUCAACUAAACACCGCAUAUGAUAGGUAAAUAUUUUAAUAUCAAAAUGUACAGCAUAUUUAUAAAACAAUUGUUUUGAAUUUUUUUCAGACUAUCUGAACUGAGUAAAGAGAGAAGGGCUAGACUAGAAGAAGCGAGAAACUUUUAUCAAUUUAUUGAAGAUCAUGAAGACGAAGAAGCGUGGCUUGUUGAAAAACAACGAAUUUGUAAGGCUGACAUUUCUGCUAAGGACUUACGAGGCGUAUUAAGCUUACAACAAAAACAUAAGGUCAGAAAUUAAUGAAUAUUAAGUUAAUUUUUAGUAAAUUUACUUAAAUUAAUUAACUUCUAUUAGGUAUUACUGGAUGAGAUGAAAGUACACCGUCAAAAAUCUGAUCAAAUAUGUAAAUCUGGCUUAAACAUAAAUGCCAGUGAACCUGCUGAAGUUCAAUCAAAGGUCGAUUCUCUACAAAGCAAUUGGAAUUCGUUAAAAAGCUUAUCUCAACUAAGAACUAAACAAUUACAAGAUGCAGCUGAGGCUUAUCAAGUAAUAUAACUGUAAUUGUUUUUUAAAUGUAUAUUUACAUAUUUUUAUUUAGUUUUAUGCUGACGCAAAUGAAGCUGAAUCUUGGUUACAUGAACAUUUAACAGUAUUAAGUACAACUGACCAUGGAGUUGAUGAACCAAGUGCUCAAGCUCUAUUAGCUAGACACAAAAUACUAGAAGAAGAGUUAGAUGCAUAUCGGGGAGAUAUACAAUCGUUAAAUACACAAGCAGAAAAUUUGGUUAAAGCAGGAAUAUCAAAUAUUUUGGUAAUUGAAUAUUCUAUCAAAUUAUGCUAGUUAUUAUUAAAAAUAAAAGAUAUUUGUAAAUUUAAAUACAAAAUUUAAAUUUCAGUUAUCUAAUGACACAAAUCAAAAAGUUCAGACUGAACCAAUUGAGGAAUGGGUAUUCGAAACAAGGUUACUUCCCCAAGAAGUUUUAGAAGAAGAAAUAAUAGAACAUGUUGAAUAUCGAACAGUAGUAGAAGAAAGGCAAGUCCCUCAAGUAAAAAGUCUGUAUCCAUUUAGUGGACAAGGCAUGACAAUGACUAAAGGAGAGGUAUAUCAAAUAUAUAAAUGUGAUUUUAGAAAAAGAAAAUAUAUAUUUCCUCGUGUUAUAGGUAAUGUUCUUAUUAAAUAAAACAAACCCUGAUUGGUGGAGUGUAAGAAAAUUAAAUGGUCAAGAUGGUUUUGUGCCGGCCAACUAUGUUUGUGAAAUUGAUCCUAAAAUUAUGCAAGUAUCAGUCAGGAGACCACACAAAGUAAAAAGUACAAGAAAAGUUCCCAAAGUUAAGAUGGUCAAACAAAAAGUUCGAGUUAAGAAAACAAUAGCUCCAGAAAAAGAUGGUAAAUAAAUAAUAUUAUAAUUAUAUUAUAUACUAACUACAUAUUUUUAAUCAGAGCCAAAAAAAAAGGAUACUAACAACCUCAAUAAUGAAAGAAGUAUUGAAAAACGUAUAACAAACAUCAACCAGACUUAUUUAAAAUCACAAGAUUUAGCCAAAAAACGGCAUGCACUUUUAGAAGAUUCUAUUUGCCUUUAUGGAUUUUAUCGAGAAUGUGAUGAUUUUGAAAAAUGGAUUAAAGACAAAGAAAAAUUAUUAAAGACUGAAGACAAACUAGAUACCGUUGAAUCUGCUAAAAGAAAAUAUGAAGUAUAUUUAAAUUUAAAUUAAUUAAUUAGACAAUUUAGGCAUCAAUUGUGUUAAUAAAUUUAAUCUUAAAUUAAUUAAACUUUUGUUAUAGAAAUUUUUAACAGAUUUAUCGGCAAGUAACAAGCGAGUUGAAGAUAUUGACCAAGCAGUUAAAGAUUUUACUAAGCUUGGACAUAGUCAACUUGAUAUGAUUACAAAGCGACAAAAUCAAAUACAUAAAAUGUGGGAUCAUCUCAACUGGUUGAAAUCACAAAAAGAAAAAAGUUUAGAAGGGGCUCUCAGGUAAUGAUAUAAAAUAUAUUAUAAUAUUCCUCAUAAUAUUCUUUACAUAUAUUAUAUAAUUAUGUUUUUUCUUGUUUAGUGUGGAAUUAUUUGAAAAGACUUGUGAUGAAGCCAGGGAUUGGAUGACAGAAAAAAUGGAUAAAUUAGAUGGAGCUGAAGUAGGAUUAGAUUUAAAAACAAUUCAAGCACUACAGAGACGACAUUUGAAUUUAGAAAGAGAAUUGGCACCAGUAGAAGAAAAAGUAAAUAGAGUUAAUUUGUUGGCUAACUCAGUGAAAGUUUCUUAUCCUAAUGAAAAAGGUAUGAUUUAUUGAUAAUGAUAGAUCAGUAAUUGACAAUUUGUACAUACUUUCUUUUUUCUUUUAGAAAAUGUCAUAGAAAGGCAAAAAGAAGUUCAAGUUUUAUGGCAAAAUGUUAAAAACAAAGCUUUGGAUCGAAGAUCGCGUUUAGAAAGUGCAGUUGGACAACAAAUUUUUAUGAAUAGCUCAAAAAAUUUACUAAACUGGUUAUCGUCUGUAAAAGAAUUAGUCAAUACUGACAAUUCUGCUCGUGAUGUCGUAACAGCGGAAAAUUUACUUAAAAACCAUCAAGUAAUAUAAUUUUUCAAGCAUAACUUUUAAAAAUUAACAGUUUUUUUUUAAUAUCAUAUAUUUUUAAUAGGAACUAGGAGAUGAUAUUAGAGCUCACGAAGAUGAAAUUAGAGAAGUAUCUGAACUUGGAAGACAACUAUUAUCUUCUGGUAACUGUAGCAGUAACGAAGUGAAAGAACGUAAUGACAAAUUAACUUCAGAAGUAAACAAUGUGACAGAUGAAUGGGCUAAGAAAAAAGAAUGGAUAAAACAGUGUUUAGCCUUACAAAUAUUUAAUAAAGAAGCCGAUCACAUAGAUGCAGCUACUUCGGGUAGUGAAAUGUUUUUGGAAUACACCGAUUUAGGAGUAUGAGAACAAAUUAUAAUGAUUUCUAUCGAUGCCAGGGUAAAAAAUAGUUAUUUUUUUUUUAAGGGAUCUGUUGAUGAUGUUGAAGCGCUUUUAAAACGACAUGAAGAUUUUGAAAACUCACUUUACGCUCAAGAUGAAAGGUUAAAAACAUUUUGUGAUAUGGCCAAUAAACUUAUUUCUACUAAUCAUUAUGAUACAGACCAGUAAGUAAACUAAAAUAUUUUAAAAUGCAUUCUUACAAUAUCAAUUUUUUUUAUAUUAGUGUUGAUAAACGUAAAGAGGCUGUUUUACACCGGAGGAAUUUAGUAAAAGAUCAAGCAGCAGUUAGAAGAAAUGCUUUGAUAGCCAGUAGAAAUUAUCAAGCUUUCCGGGCUGAUGUGGAUGAUCUGAAAACAUGGCUUACAGAUAAACUAAAAACAGCCAGUGACGAAUCAUACAGAGACCUUACCAACAUUGAAAGGAAACUUCAAAAGCACGAAGCAUUUGAAUGUGAAUUACGUGCAAAUGAAGGUCAACUAAGAAAUAUCAACAAAGUAAGAUUAAAAAUUAUUAGUUUUUUAAUUUUUUAUUAACUAGGUAGGUAUAUUUUAUUUUUUAGUGUGGUCAGAGUUUGAUAAAUGAAGAUAAUUAUCGAAAAGAUGAAGUAAAAACAAAAUUAUCAGUACUAAAUAAUGAUUGGAAGAAAUUAGUUGAAGUCAGUGUAGAAAAGGGUAGAUGUUUGAGACAAGCAGCAGCCCAGCAUACUUAUAAUAGAACAUUAGACGAUGCGUAUUUCAAAUACGAAGAACUUAAAAAGGAUUUGCAGUCCCAACAGGUGGGAACAGAUUUACGACAUUGCAAACAACUGCUUAAAAAUCAUCAAGUGAUAGAGACUGAAAUCCAACAUUGGAAACAAAAAAUAGAUGAUUUAGUAUUUGCUGGAGAAGAAAUGGCACAAGAUGGUCAUUUUGAUGCUGAAAACAUAUUAAAAUCUAGUAAACAAUGCCAACAAAUGUGAGAAUUAAUAUUUUUAUGUAUAGUAAAUACGCAAUAAAUAAGAACUUAUGUAAUGAAAACUAUAUAAUAUAUAUAUUUUAAAUUUUAUUUACAGGUUUAAUGGAUUGGAUAAACCUCUCAAACUUAGAAAAGAAGCUCUGGAUGAAUCUUUACGUUUCCAUAAAUUUGGUUUUGAAUUAGAAGCCGAACUCAGUUGGAUACGAGAACAUUUACCACUUGUAGAAUCUAUCGAAUUAGGUACUAAUCUUCACCAAGUGCAAACAUUAUAUAAAAAACAUAAAAAACUGGAAGCUGAAAUACAAGGUCAUCAACCAAUGAUUAACAAAACCCUUGAAUCAGGUCAAGCAUUAAUUCAUCAAAAACAUCCAGAAACUAAACAAGUAAUUAAAUAUAAAUUAUAAUUACCAACUAUUAAAUUUAGAAAUAAAUAUAAAUAUUUUACUUUUCAGGUUUCAUCCUUAUGUAUUGGCCUUGAAGACGCAUGGCAAGAUCUAUUAACUAAAGGUGAAGAAAGAAGUCGCAAACUUGAGUUAAAUUUAAAAGCACAACAAUUCUUCUUUGAAGCAAGUGAAAUUGAAAGUUGGCUACUUGAAAAAAAUAAUAUGUUAAGUUCUACGGAUUGUGGCCGAGACAGAGAUGCAGCCUCUAAACUCUUAACCAAACAUAAGGUAUAUUUACUAUAAAAAUGCUUAGUAAAAAUUCAUAUAAGUAUUGGUUUAUUGGAUAUAUUUUAGGCGUUAGAAUUAGAAAUUGACACAUAUGAAGGCAUUGUAAAAGAAAUGUGUCAUACUGGAAAUAAUAUGAUGAAUUUUAAACAUCCAGAUAUUAAAGCCAUCUCAUCUAAGCAACAAUACAUUUGUGAACAAUUUAAAUUGUUACAAAAGUUAGCCACAGCAAGACAACAUAGUUUGGUUGAAAGCAUGUGCAGGUAAAAAAAAAAACAUAUUUUUUUUAAUAAAAACACUAAUAUAUUUCCUUUUAUUUAAGACAUGAAUAUUUAAUCGAAAGUUAUGAACUUGAACAAUGGAUUCGAGAUAAUAUGCAAACAGCAUCAUCUGAAGAUUAUGGACAAGAUUUUGAACAUCUUCUGGUAUUACUUUAUACAUAAAAUAAACAUUUUAAUUAAUGCCUUUUUUUAUUGCACAACAAAUUUCUAAAACAUUCAUGUUAAUAUUGUAGUUAACUGUUCAUUGCCAUUUGAAUUCAACACGGUUACCAAUAUCAUUAUUUAUUUUAUAUUUUUAUACUAUAGUAGAACUUACUUAAAUUUAUUUAUGAUAUACAUAUUUGUGCACAGAGAACACUUAAAGUUUGAGAAGUUAGAUCUCUGUGAGCGAUAGAUAUUGCUCAAUCGAUGUUCAUAAAUAAUAAAUAGACAAUAAUUUAAUUUUAUAAUCUAUAACUUAUUUUUAAAAAAAAAUAAUAAUAUACAAUAUUAGUUAUCAAAAUUGAUUGAAAAAUAGGUGUUACAAAACAAAUUUGAUGACCUCAAACACCGUGUAGAAACUGGAUCAAAAAGAUUUCAACAGUGUGAAGAUCUUGCUAAUAAAUUAGUAGCAAACGACUCUGAAUAUACGCCAGAAAUCGAGAAACGACAAGAAGAAAUUAGAGACCUUUGGCAACAACUAAUAGUUACAAUUGAAAACCGAGAAAAACGGUUGAAAGCCGCAGGAGAAAUACAUAGAUUUCAUAGAGAUGUUGCAGACGCAUUAUCACGAAUUAAUGAUAAAGACGCAACUAUUUCUGAUGAUUUAGGAAGAGAUUUAAAUUCAGUUCUAACUUUAAUUAGAAAACACGAAGGAUUUGAAAAUGACCUUGUUGCUUUGGAAGCACAACUUCAAGUAUGCAAACACAUUAUUUAGUUUAAUUUGAAUAUUUAACUAAUCCUCAUUAUAUUUUUAUUAGAUUUUAGUUGAAGAUGCUGUUAAGUUACAAACACUCUACCCAGGAUCAAAUGCAUCUCAUAUUGCAAAACAACAAGAAACCGUUGUUCGGAGUUGGACUUCACUUCAAGAUCGCUCUGCACAUCGACGAGAAGCUCUACAAGCAAGCUGUGAUUUACAUAGAUUUUUAGCACAAGUAAAUUUUAUUUUUAUUUUAAAGAAUUUAUAUGACUAUUAAAUAUAUUUUUUUUAUAGGUUAGAGAUCUAGUCAAUUGGUCGAGUAGUUUACGAGCUACCAUGUUAACAGAAGAAAAAGUAAGAGAUGCAGCAAGCGCGCAGCUCUUAAAAGGAGAACAUGAAGCGGUAAAAGCUGAAAUAGAAGCUAGAGAAGAAACAUUUCAAACUGUUGCUGAUCUUGGAGAAGCUCUAGUACAAGGAGGACAUUUUGCAGCAAAUGUAAGAUAUUUUUUAAUUUUCAUUUGAAUAAUAAUAUAGGUAUGCAAUUUGUAUUAUUUACAAUUUAAUAAUGCAGGAAAUUCAAGAAAAACUUAAUCAUUUAUUGGAAGAACGACAUCAAUUACAUGCAUCUUGGCAUCAUAAAAAAGUUCAUCUUGAUCAACUUAUUGAUUUACAAUUCUUCCUGCGAGAUGCAAAACAAAUUGACACAAUUUGCAAUACACAAGAAGUAGCAUUGGCAAGCUUAGAAUAUGGUAAAUUGAAAUAAAAUUAUCAUUAUUCAAACAAUAAUAAUAUGAAAUUUUACUUCUAGGAAACACUGUAGACCAAGUAGCAGCAUUAGUAAAAAAACAUGAAGGUUUUGAAAAAUUAUUUGAAACACAGGAAGAAAAAAUGUCCCUCUUACAAGAACAUUGUGAUAAACUACUCAAUCAAAAUCAUUUUGAAAGCGAUUUAAUAUCUAGGAGAUUGAAUGAAGUUUUAGCUAGACGAGCACAAAUUCGAAAACUAAGUGUUUUAAGAAAACAAAAACUAGAUGAUGCUUUACUGCAUGCUCAAUUUUUACGUGAUGUCGGAGAAGCCGAAUCAUGGAUCAGUGAAAAACGCAAAAAGUUAGAUAUGGAAAUUAGCAAAGGUGAUGUCAAUAACUUAGAAGAUAAAAUUAAAAAAUUACAAAAACAUCAAGCAUUUCAAGCUGAACUAUCUGCCAACCAAGGAAGAAUCAAUUCUAUUAAAUAUAAUGGUAUGCUAUUUGAAGCUAAUUAAAAUUAAUUGUUUAAAUAUAUUUUAUUCAUUAAUGAUUUAUUAUUAUAGCUGAUAUGUUGAUUGAAAAGAAGCACAAAAAUUCAAAAGACAUUCAAGAUUCUUUAGGAAAACUUUUGGUUUUAUGGAGAAACUUGUUACAAGAAACUAAUGAAAAAGGCAGAGGUUUAGAAGAGGCUCAAGAUAUACUGGAGUUCAAUAAUCAAGUAGACAAAGUAGAAACAUGGAUCAGAGACAAAGUAAGAUUAUAAUAAUCCUUAACAUUUAAUUUACAAUAGUAUUAUAAUUGAUUAAUAAAUUCUAUUUUAACUUUAGGAAAUGAUGGUCCAAGCUGGAGAAAUGGGAUUAGAUUACGAACACUGUUUAGCGUUGCAAAGAAAACUCGAAGACAUUGAUAAUCGAGUAGAUGAAGGAAAAAUAGAAACUAUUAAUACUUUAGCCGAUAAACUUAUUAGACAAGGGAGAAGUGACACACAAUCAAUGCAACAACGCAGACAAAAUCUAAAUAAUAAGUAUGUUGAAAUAAAUAUUUAAUACAAAUUAGAAAAUUAAAUUAUUACUAUGAAUAAUAAUUAUAUUAAAUUUAUAUUAGAUGGAAGGCACUUCAAGGAGCUCUAAGUGAAUACCGAGAACACUUAAGUGGAGCUCUAGAAAUACAUUCAUUUAAUCGAGAUGUCGAUGAUACUUUGCAACGGGUAAGUGAAAAAGCUCUAGCAAUGUCUAGCAAUGAAACUGGUAAGAAUCUCGGAAGUGUUGAACAAUUACAAAGAAAACAGGAUGCUUUAGAAAGAGAUAUGACAGCUAUCGAAGGAAAAACAAAGGAACAUGAAUCUGAAUGUAGACGACUUAUUCAAAAAUACCCAGAUAUGUCUUCUCCGAUCAAAGCUAAAUUGUCUGAAUUACAAGAUAAUUGGAGAAAUUUGCAUAUGUUAUCGAAAAAACGACGAGAAGCUUUAAAUGAGGCAUAUAUUAGAGAAAAGUUUUUAUCUGAGUUACGAGAAGCUGAACUUUGGGUCGUUGAUUCUAUUAAAAAAAUAAAAGGUCACGAUAUGCCUACAAAUAUGGCAGAAGCAAAAGCUUUAUUAGAAUUGAACCAAGAGAGAAAAGCUGAAAUUAAUGGCCGACAAGAACACUUUAAAACAUUAAAAGAAUCUGGAUUAAAAAUAAAUCCGAUUCCUGAGAAGGAACUAGCACAUCUUGAUGAAUUACGAAGAACAUUAAGUGCAGCAUGGGAAGAAAGAAGAACUAUGUUAAGUCAAGCCUUAGAACUCCAAAUUUUUAGAAAUCAAGCUGAUCAAGUAGACAAUUGGUUAGCAUCAAAAGAAGCAUUUUUAAGUAAUGACGAUCUAGGAGUAAGUAUUUGGAUUUAAAUUAUAAUUUGCAUUUAAGAAUAUUAUAUAUAAAAUAAAAUUGAUUUAUUUAGGAAUCAUUAUCAAGUGUGGAGGAAUUAAUAAGAAAACAUGAAGCUUUCGAAAAAACACUAACAGCUCAAUUAGUGAAAGUUGAAGAAUUAGAAAAAUUUGCUCUGGACCUUGUCACUGGUCAACACUAUGAUAGCAAUGGAAUACAAGGUCGAUUAGUUAUCAUAUGUAAUAGAAGAGAUAGACUAAAAGAAGCUACAGCUUCUCGAAAAAGACGACUAAAUGAUUCCAGGCUCUUACAACAGUUCCUAAGAAAUAUGUAUGAGGUAAAUGAUAACGCAAUAUGUUUAAAAUUAACACAAUAAUAGUAUAACAAUUUCAAACUUUUAAACUUUGAAUUUAUUAUUUUAGGUGGAAGGAUGGAUAAUCCAAAAACAACAAGUAGCUGGAGAUGAAAGUUAUAGAGAUCCUACAAAUUUACAAAGAAAAAUUCAAAAACAUGCUACUUUUGAUUCAGAACUAAUUGCAAACCGUACUCGUGUUAAUGCAAUUUGCACUGAAGGUGAGAACUUAAUCAGCAGUGGACACUUUGCUAGCAUGGAAAUUCGUGUUAGAUUGGACGAACUUGAAACAAAAUGGAGGCUUUUACAAGAAAUGAGUGCACUUAAGAAACAACGGUUACAAGAUGCUUACCAAGUAAAUACUUACUUAUAAUCUUUAAUUAAUGCAUUAAUUAUAUAAUUAUUUUUCUCAACCAUUUAACAUACUUUUAGGCUUUAUUAUUUAAUCGUACAUUGGAAGAACUUGAAGCAUGGACAGAAGAAGUAGAGAUGCAGUUACAAUCUGAAGACCACGGGAAAGAUUUACAGAGUGUUGUAAACCUUUUAAAAAGGCAUUCACUGUUAGAAAAUGAUGUUCAUAGUCACGGUGAAGCAUGUCAAGUUCUAAAAGAUACUGCUCUAGCAUUCCAAAAUUCUGAUCAUUUUAUGAAAGAUGAAAUACAAGAAAAGUCUCAAGCAGUUUUAAAAAGGUAAAUUGAUAAAAAUAUUGUUAUAAUUAUUGUACCAAUACUAUAUUGAAUGAUUUACAGAUAUUAUUCUCUUCAAGAACCAAUGCAAAUUCGAAGGGACAAUCUCGAAGAUGCUCUAAUUCAUUAUAGGCUACUACGAGAUAUUGAAGAAGAAAUGACUUGGAUUAAUGACAAAGAACUACUCAUCAAAUCAAAUGACUUUGGUGUAAGCUUACACUCUGUACAAGCAUUGCAAAAUAAGCAUCAGGUAAAUUAUAGUAUUUAUAGAUAAUGCUUAAACUAUAUUUUCAUCUUGAUUUUUUUUUCAAGGCUUUGGAUGCUGAAUUAAUAUCCCAUGAACCAGUUGUGGCAGCUCUAGUUGGCAGAGGACAGCAAAUGGUUCGAAGUGGACAUUUUGCUGCACAGCAAAUCGAAAUAAAUUAUAAUGUACUUCAAAAAAAAAUGUCUCAACUUAAAGACCAAUCUAAAAUCAGAAAACAAAAGUUAUUAGAUGCUUAUGAAUCACAAAUGGUUAGUUUAUGCUUGAUAUGGUAAUAAGAAAAUAGAAUGUGUCAUUAAAUCUGUUGACAUUUUUGCAGUUUUAUGCUGAGGCAAAUGAAGCUGAAGUCUGGUUAAAAGAAAAAUAUCCUUUAUUGGCGUCCAAUGAUUAUGGGAGGGAUGAAGACUCUGUACAGACUCUAAUGAAAAAACUUGAAGGAAUUGAAAGAGAACUAAAUACAUUCCAACAUACACUUGAAAGACUAGCUAAACUCAGCAGAGAUCUUGUAAAUCGUUCACACUUUGAUUCUGAAAAUAUAUUGCGUAAACAGGUAAAAUUAAAAAUUAUAAAUUAACUCAUUGUAAUUAUAUAUGACCUUAUUAAAAAAACAAAAAUGGUUUAGACCGAUAUUGAAGAAGUGUAUACAGAGUUAUGUACAUUAAAUAAGAAAAGAGCUACUAGAUUAGUAGAAAGUCGCAAAUUUUAUAAAUUUAUUCGAGAAGCUGAAGAUGUUGCAGAAUGGAUCGGAGAUCAAACAACAGUAGCUGCUUCAGAAGAUUAUGGUCGAGAUGUAGAACACGUGGAACUAUUGAUCCAAGUAAUUUAUUUUAAAAUUCUUAAUUAAUCAAAUCAUAAUUUAAAUUACAAUCUGUAAUUUAUUUGCAGUUUAUUUGCAAUUUAUUGAAAUUAAUUAUUUAAUUGUAAACAAAUAUUUUAGGCAUUUGAAAGCUUCAUGAGUGGUUUGAAUGGAAGUGAAGGACGUAUUUCAAGUUGCAUAACCAUAGGACACAAAUUACUAGAAGAAAAUAAUCCUGAAAGAGACCAAAUUAGAAUUAGAUUGGAAGACACUCAACAACUUUGGGAUGACCUAAAAGAAUUAGCCAAUGCUAGACAAGAAGUAUGGCGAUAAUCAUAAAACUUUUAUAAAAGUUUAAAUUUUAAAAUGCCUUGUAUUUUAGGCACUGAUGGGUGCUAAACAAGUGCACGUAUUUGAUAGAACUGCUGAUGAAACUAUCAGUUGGAUUCAAGAAAAAGGAACGCUGCUAGCUGCAGAAGAUUAUGGUCAUGAUUUAGACACAAUACAGACACUAAUUCAAAAACACCAAGGUUUUGAAGCAGACCUAGCCGCAGUCAAAGAACAAGUACCUACCCAUUAAUUUAGUAGAAAAGUAUAAUAUGUAUUUUAUUUCAAUUUGUAUUUUCUUCAGGUGGAAUGUGUUGUACAAGAAGCUGGUCGAUUGUCAGCUAUGUUUCCAGAUGCUAAAGACCAUAUUGAAGUAAAACAAGAAGAAGCCGUUGAUGCUUGGACUACGUUGUUGGAAAAUGCAAGUCAGAGGAAAAGCAAGCUUAAUCAAGCAGAGCACUUACAGUCUUACUUCGAUCAAUAUAGACAUUUAAUGUGAGUUAAAAAUAUAUUAUAAUAUAAUAUUAAAUAUACAUUUACUUUUUUUUAUUGGUCAUUAAUUAUUCAAUUUUGGUUGUAUAGUGCAUGGAUAAAUGAAACAAUAGCCAAAAUUACAUCGCCUAUACUCAGUCAAGACGUGAGUGGUGCAGAAAUGCUGAUACUGCGACAUCAAGAAUACAAUGCAGAGAUCAAUAGCCGUUCCGAAGUGUUAAGCGAGUUCUAUCAAACUGGCAAAAAUCUCAUUCAACAUGUUUGUAUAAUAAUCGAACAAUAAUGUGUAACUAUGUUAUUAAUUUAUGAUAAUUUUAGGGUCAUUUUAUGUCGGACGAAAUCAAAGAAAAAGUCCACAUUUUAGAACAAAGGCAUCAUUUCAUGACCGACACUUGGGAAAAACGUAAAAUUUUAUAUGACCAAAACCUAGAUACGCAGGUAAUUAACACGCUGGAAAUUAAUUAUAAUAUUAUAUUUUAAUAAAAUGCAUUUUAUCAAUGUUAUUAGUUGUUCAAACGAGAUGCAGACCUACUAGAAUCGUGGAUACAAACCCGAGAACCUGUUUUAAACGACGACAAGUUAGGAGACUCAAUAUGGCAGGUCGAAGAGCUUAUUAGAAAACACGAAGACUUCGAGAAAACCAUAGAGGCCCAGGAGGAGAAGUUUGAUACGUUAAAACGAAUCACCUUGGUAUGGAAUAAAUUGGUAACAAUAUGUUUUUUUACUUAAUAAUCACACUUACCAAACAUCUCUGCGUAGUUGGAAUUGGCGUUUAAGGAACAAUUGGAAACUGAAGAACGGGCCCGUAUUGCGGAAAAAGAACGUUUGGAACGGGAAAAACUCGAAGCGCGAAAACAGCGUGAAGUACAGCGCAUUACUGACGUGAGUGUUAACGAAUAAUGUUAUCUAAUAAUUAACUUUUGCGGCGGCUAAACUUUUCGCUUCUGUACAGGAGAGAAAGAAAGAAGGCGAUAGGUGGAAGGUUAAUAACACCGGUGAAACGAUGAACGGCGAUGAUGACGAAUUCGAUCCGAACAUGAGGUACCCACACUGAAUUUAUACAAUAAUAUUGUGUUCUUGUACAAUUAGCUUUACAUACGGUUAUAAGUGUUACUUGUUCUUGUGAGACUAUAAUUAUUAUUCGCAUGGAAUUCCAUAUUGUUUUUUGAUAACUAUUGAUAAAUGAUAAGUAGAUAUAUUGCGUCCGGAAGAAUAAUGUUAACUAGGUACGUUUCAUUUUGAAAUGUGUACGUGUACCUACUUAAUAUUAUAGUAUUAUAAUUUCAUUUAAUAUCAUCUGAAUGAUUUAUAUUAAUAUUAAGUUGAUUAUUAUUAACUAAACUCGAAAUUGCCUUGUUUUUUGUUGCUUAAGAAUGCAUGAUAAAUAUAUUACGCAUGAAAAUGAUGUAGUAGCGCCAUUGAGAUCGCCCGAAGUAUUAAAAACCCAAAUUUCUUCACCUAGUGAUUCAAAUGAUUCAAACACGUAAGUUUAUUGCUUUUUUUUUCCUAACGCCAUUGAUUUUGCUUAAAACAUAACUCGUUAUUUAUACAUUAAGCUAAAAAAUAAAAAUACCUCGUGAUUAAUGUUUUUUAAUAAUUCGAUUUUAAAUUAUUCAUUUCUAAGACUCAUGGUUCCGGGAUCGCCUGCGUUAAAUAAUAGUGGAAAUUUCUCGUCCAUAUUUGGAAACCGUUUGAAAAAAGGUACUUUUUUAACAAAACAUAUUUUCUACUCGAUAUUUACCUAACAACAAACUGUAUAAUAUGUUGUCCGAACGUAGACGUAAAAAGAUCUGAGAGUAUGAAAGCAGACGUAUACAAGAAACCUAAACGAACGCCCAGCUUCACCACUCGUAGAAGAACCCAAAGUUUCCGAAAACUUCAAAAAUUGGAAAACGUGGAUCAACUUCCCCCCGUAGAAAUACAAGGGUUCUUGGACAGGAAGCACGAAUUACAGAGCAGCGGGAAAAAAGCGGCCGUUAGAUCGUGGAAAACCUUUUAUACCGGUGAGGAGCGCGUGAAAAAAAAAAAACGAAUACACAUCUAAACUCGUCAUGUAAUUUAUAAACUUACCGUGUUGUUUGUGCAGUACUGUGUGGUCAGCUGUUGUGCUUCUUCAAGGACCAGGAAGACUUUGUGUCCAGCAAAGCGGCGACGUCACCAAUAAUAGUGUUUAAGGCCAAAUGCGAAAAAGCGUUCGAUUACACAAAACGGAAACACGUGUUCAGGUAAACGUCAUCGUUCCAAUAAAACCGCAAUUAAAAAUAAACAAAAACCGAUGUACAGUUGCCGGCACAAAUAAAUGUCGUCUGGUUUAAUAAUUACAAAAAUAAUCGGUUUAAAUAUUUCGAUAAACGCUUAAGCAUUUAUGUUAGCCGCCCGGAUAUGGUAGUGUAACAAAAUCAAAUGCCCAUCACCCAACUUAUGGCAGCGGUUCCCAAAAUGUUGGUCGUGAUUGUGUUUUUAGUGGGUCGCAUAAUGUUUGUGAACCGUGUAUUUAUUUUCUCGUUAUGAAAUAUCAUGCACAUCACACUGCCUGUAUUAAAAAUAAAAAAUAUGUUGUAUUUUAUCUAUAAACACUCUAUAGUCUACACUAGUAUGUGAUACACUGUAUCAUACAGUACAUUCCGUUUUCCUGUACAAUCGAUGGUACUAUUUUGUUUUUGAUUGGUUUUUUUUUCUCGUAUAUAGGCUCUGCUGUACGGACGGUUCCGAGUUCCUAUUCCUGGCGGACACGUCAAAGGAAAUGGAAGAAUGGGUGAACAAGAUUACGUUCCACGCGCAGCUACCGCCCAGCCUGCAGCUUUUGAGCUACGACGACAACCAAAAAGUGCGUACCAACAAUAUCAUACGAGACACCAUUUUAAUAAUCGUAAACCGAUGUCAAUACGUUCGUAAAACCACGCGAAUUUUUUUCCCCGGUAUUCGUACUAUUCUCGAUCGUGUCUAAUCGAGGCUCCUUUUCGGGCUUCCGUCCGCGUUCCUUCGUAAAUCCCCCGAACAGUCCGCGUCUCAUCUUUUCUCGUCCCGUCAUCUUCAAUUCACCUCUAUCAGUAUUCUCUAGACAACGCCCUUAUUAAACUAAUAAUGUUGGCCUCUAUAGUAACUACACUCGUCCAAAAGACCGUACUCGGACCGGUUUUCUCGGACCAUUUGUCCGGAGCCCGGCUCUAGGUAUGCUGUCUACUGGCCGGUAUUCUGUAUACCACGCAACGUCGUCACCUCGGUCUUAGGCCAAAACUGUGAUUACACAGUUUUGGCGUAUGUUGAUAUUAUCACUAUACGGAUAAAAAUAUGCCUGUAUUGUGCGUUUUCUACAGGGUUCGCCUAGGUCAGACCAGACACCGGUUCCGUCGACGGUCAUCAGCACGAGUUCGAGUGCGGCAAGCACACCGGAAACCGAACGAAAACCGAUGGCGCCGCCACUACCAGUGGUACACGCCCGCAAGGAUAAUCAAAUCCGCCGGCCCAUACCAGUGCGACCGCCUUCGGUAGAUAACAUACCGUACCAAAACAAUCAUUCUAGCGUCGGUAAGUCUUCUGUAGUAAAUUCAACUGCGUUAUAUCCGAGCCCGGAUUAAGAUGGGGCCCGGGGAAGGCCACGGUCCCCCGGGCCACCAGAUUCCCAAGGCCUUAGUUUUCGCCACAGUAUUAUGUUCUUUAUGCAGUAUACAUUUAACUAUCAAUUCGGUACUUUGAUAUUUUAAUAUUUUUUCGUUGCCCGAUCAUGACUUAUUCAUAUUAUUAUAUAUUAAUAUUAGAAACUGCUUGUUAAAAAUUAUUUAUUUAUUUAUUUAUUUAUUUAUUUAUUUAAAUAAUACUCGUGGCUUUUGAAUUGAGAUCUUUACGAUCUAUACAACAUACUGUUUAUUAUUUUUCUUUUGGUAAAAGUCAAAACACAUUGCUAUUAGUAAACAUAUAAAGAAAAUGUUUACUAUUAUUAUUUCUAAGAAGUUCUCGUUGAAGGCUCCGGGACCUCUAAAAUAUGUCCUUAUCCGGGCUGGGUUCUAUCUUGAACGUUGUUUAAAUUGAACAUUUUACAAAAUUAAUAUUAUUAAAUUAGAUCAAACUCCUACAUUUAUUGAUGCUUGUAAAACUAGGACUCAUUCCCAAACUAUCGUGAUUGCACCGUUAUAUUUUGAAAUUGUUAUGUAAAAAAAAAAAAAUCGAGUGCCGGAUAAUUUUUUAAUCCACUCGAGUGGUUUUUUCUGACAUGAACAGUGCCACUGCGGAUUUAUUUAUAAAUAUAUUUAUUGGUUUUUGUAGACACUCCUGAUUACGGGUCCAAAAUAUCGCAGUCUGGGUAUCCCGCCAGGCCGCAUUCCUAUUACGCGAACGGCAAUAACGACUGGAACAAAGAGGGAAUCCAUCCAAAGUCGCCUGGUUCGUUAAUGAAAAAAAACUCUCAACAACUACUUUUUUUUUUUUUCCUUUUGGAAUUCACGGUAUAUUUUAACGUAUAUUAUGUUAUAUUUUUAGACGUCGCUCCCCCACCACUACCUACCACCGCGCCGCCGACCAACAGAGAAACAUGGACUUCAGACUAUAGACACAGCGCUGGUAAGUUUUGUGUACAAUAUUGUACUUUUCCUCGGCUGAAAAAUUUGUUUUACGUUUAAUACGUUUAGAUUGGGAAUAAAUAUAAUACGCACUUUGUUUUUGGUAAACAUCGGUUGCACAGCAGCCACUCGGUUGAAGUACGUUUUAUUGUUACUAAAAGAAAAACAAACGUUAAACAUAAAACCAAGUACCUACUGUUUUACCAGACUAUUCAAAAGUAUAUUAUAUUAAAGUUUAGAAUAAAAGAAAAAACAUAUUUACACAAAACAAUCACGCUGAGUCCACUCUGGGCACACUCGAUUCGACCUUCACCUCCCAUUUGGCUCUCGAAUUGCUCCUCAUGAAAUCAUUUUUUUUUUUUUUUUAAAAAAAAAAAAAGAUUACUCGAAUUUUCUCCUAAUUUUGGAACACAUCACACGAUAUGCCUCCCACAUUCACAUUAGAUAGGUAGAAAAUAUAAUCUUUUUCAAAUCGAAGUAAUAGAUUUCAUUAAAAUGUAAUAACACUGUGAUGAAUGAAAUAUGGAAAGAGAUGGAGUUAAUAAAUUUAAAAUUACCGUUUUACAUAUCAAACCCGACUUGGGAAUUGACAAAAAGGCCGAGUCUUAAUGUGAGCGCAUAAAACACAGAAACUUCAUAAUAACGGUAAUCGGUGGCGCCGAACCGUAUUUUAAGAAGGUGGCCAGAUAAAAAGUUGAAUGGACCACCACCCUGGCUCGUUUACGAAACAAACUCCCACAUAACGCGCUAUUGAUUAAUAUUCCAUACGUACCAAUUCGAUAAAAAAAAAAAUAUGACUCGGGUACCCAUCAAUGAUCCACCACCGCCCACCCGUUAAAAGAAUGGUGACAAUUACCACCUUUGACUGCUGGUUCCGGCGCCACCGAGUCAGUAAUCAUUGGUUUUCACGUCGCACUUUUUCCCCUAGCUGUCGCCUACCCGACGUGGUUUCGCGCACUAGCCGGCGAACUAGGCGACCCGCACGUUAUUAAACUUUGUCCGGCCUUUUAUGUUCUGUACAACUCCUCCAGUCUUUUAAUAAUCGUUCGGUGUGUUUUGUUUUUGCCGGGCUGCGCGCAGUUUACGCGAACGUGGACGCGCUCAAACAGCCACCGCCGCCGGUGCCGAACCGGUCGGCCACGUUGCCCACCGGCGUCACCACGCCGACCGGCGCAGGACAACGGGCCAGCGAGAGUUCCAGCGAGAGCGAACACCAAAACAACAUACCGAUGAGCGGCCGCAAGGACAAACGGUCCGGCGUACUGUCCAGUCUGUUCCGCAAGAAAAAGGCCACCAACCUGUAAAACGGCGUCUCCGACGCAUUCGAAUUACGAUAACGUUCGAUCACUUUACCUAUCGUUUCGGUCGAUUGUUUUUUUUUUUUUUUUUUUUUUUUUUUUUUUUUUUUUUUUUUAUUAUUAUUAUUAUUUUCUAGGUCAUCAUUUUUAGUUAUGGUGUACCUAUAAUACGAAAAAAAAAAAUUAAUUAAUUUGUAAUAAUAAUUAUGUAGGUAGGUAUAGGUGUGUAAGUCAGUGUGCCAUUUUCGUUGUUUGUUACGAUAAAGUAUAAAACGAUUUUUUUUUUUUAAUUUAUCUUUUUUCGAUAGGAACCCCAACUACAUAGCGAGUCAGUAUGAUAUUAUUAUCAUCAAACGUAGAUAUAUUAUAUAUAUACAUUUUUAAAAAAAUUUCCGAUUCGUCGAGUAAGACCUAUUAUAAUAUUAUUAUAUUUUUUUUAAAUACUUUUUCGAUUUUUACGAAAAUUUCAAUUUUUUUUUUUUCAGCCCUGGCUCGGUUAACCAUAAUCUUUGACCUAAAAUAAUUCAAUAAUCUAAAAAAAAAAAAAAAAACAAACUUAUUUAAAUACUUAUUUUAAUCCAUCGAAUGAAUAUUCAUCCAGCGCCUUAUAAAAAUUGUAUCUCUUUCGCCGUAAUCAACUAUUGGGAACACAUUUUCAUCCCAUUUAUACUAUAUUAUUAUUAUUAUUAUUAUUUAUUGAACAAUACAUUAUGACACACCGUAAUAUUAUUAUUAUUGACACUCUGUUGUGUUGUUGUAUUUAUUUAAAUAAGUAUUGCUUAUUAUUUAGUGAUUAGAAACAACUUUUUCUUUUUCUAAUGAGAAUCCGUGUUGUGUUUAAAAAUUUAUUUUUCUAAGUUAUUAAAAUAUUAUUAUUACCCUCAUUAUUAAUAUUCCGUUUUUGUUAUCCUGUGAAUUUUUUAUAUUAAGUUUUUUUUUUAUAUAUAUAUAUAUAUAUAUAUAUAUAUAUACAUAUAUUAUAAUACCUGUAUAAUAUACAUAUAGAUACACAAAUAUUAUAGAUAAAAUACAAUUAGGUACACUAUUUUAUAUAUUUAUUUAUCAAUAAUAGAUAAUAGUAUCAUUAUAAUAAUAAUUAUUAUUUUAUUUCUGUGGUUGAUGAUUAUUUGACCAUGCAUCUAUAGUGCCUUAUUUUAUAUUGUUAUUCAAAACAUUUAGUAAUUAUAUAAUAUUUAUGUUCAAAAAUGUAAACUGUUUGUUUUUUUUUUUCUGUAGAAAUAAAUAUUAUAAUACACUUAUAAUUCACUUUACUUUUUAUUUGAACUGUAUAAUGAGUACACCUAACGAAUUGCACCCAAUAGUUAGUAAAAUAAGAUGUAGCCUGUGUAUGGCUUACCAUUUAAUUAUACUGCAAAUGAAUCAAAUAUGAAUUUUUAGGUAAAACUAACUCGCUGAUCGAUAAAUUAAAUGGUACAUAGUAGAGGAAACAAUCGUUAAGCGUAUCAAAACAAAACAAAAUAUGAAUAAAAAAAAAUCGAUAAUUUAUUUUUUGUCUAUCACUUUGGAACCAGGUUUUGACUAAUUAUUAUUAAUCGAUUAUUAAAUAUAUAUAAUAAUAGUUAAAAAGUAAUAUGUAUAUAAAAAAAAGGGAACAUUAUUCAAUAUUUGGUUAGGUUACAAUGAUUAACGAUAAUUUGUUGAUUGGAACAAUGUCCAAAACAUAUAUAAGCUAAGUAUAAAAAUUAUAAAAUAUGCCACAGUUAAAUAGUAAUAAUAGAAAAGUAUUAACGUCAAUUAACUAAGGAUUAUAAAAAAAAUAUGAUAAAAACAUAAGGUAAUUGAUCGCAUGCUUAAUAACUAAAACAUCAUUUUUUUAAUAGACAAUGAUAAAUUAACAUGAAUAUUAGUUGAUUUUUAGUUGAUCACUUAGUACACAACCUUAAAAUACAAAUUACAUAACUCUUUAUAAACGUUAACAAAUUUUUUAAUGUAAAAGAAAUAUGUUCUUUUAUUCAAGCCUGCUUAAUUAACAAUUUAAUAUAUAUAUAUAUAAAAAAAAUGGAAUAUGAAAUAAUGAUAGUAAUAAGUAAUAAAACAAAUUUGAGAAAUUGAAUGUAUAAGCUAUUCCAUGGUACCUUGGCCUUAAAUUUGAUGCAUAAAUAGUGAUUUCAAUGAGAUUAAAUAUUUUAUUUGAAUAACAACUUUAGAAGUAUAAAAAAAGAGACCAAGUCUUGUACUGACACUAUUAUUGUAAGCAUAAUGUUUAAAAUUACUAAAACACAUUCAAUUGGUAUAAGUUAAUAAAAAUUAGUAUGUGAUCCUUAAAUUUAAUGGAAUCAAAUAUAUUAACUUACAAACAUUACAUAUUUAGUAGUCGUUUGAACCGUAUGUUCUGAAUUACACUUGAUCAAUUAUUCAAAGGGAAAAAUAUUUGUCUAAAGUAGAUUAAAUUUGAUACAACAGACUAAUUAGAAGAUGAACAUUUUGUUCGCUAACUUUGAUCUUCUUGAUAAUGUAAUUUACGUAAUGCUGAUAAUUUCAUCCUUUCUUUUUCCAAUGAUGACUCUAAUUCUAAGACACGUACUUGGCACUCAAUUUCCAAACGUUUGGUUUGAUGUUCAUUCAAGACACCUAAAUCUAAUUCUUCUG